CUCAGCCAGCCCGGCUGUCUAUAGGUCCUUAGUCUCCCUUGUACUGCGCUGGAUGGGAGAGCCGGCCGGUGGCCUCAUGUUUGGCUUUUACCUCUGACCCUGUGCAGUUCCCUGGAGGCUGGAUACGGAGGGAUGUCUCAGACUAACGCCGUGGACAAGAUGGAUAAGACCAUCAAGGUAGGGGAUGGCCGGGACCUGGGUUUAUAGCUGUCCGGCCAUGGUGCGGCUGUGUGACACCCAGGGAGACUGCUGGUUACCGGCCAUUCUUUGACACGUUGUAUUGUGUCAACAAAAGACAUGUCUGCUGUGUGUGUGAGACAACGCAUUACAUUAUAGCUGGGCUGGCCGACAGAAAGACAGCUAGACACUCAGCUAUUGUAGUAUUGCAGAUCCCACAGGUAUAGCUGGCAAAGCAUCACGGUAGCUGUAGUUCUACAGUAAGUGGAGAUCUACCAUUUGGUCAUUAAGACAGGUCACUGUCCAACAAAUAGAAGUGUCCUAACUGCACAGUGUAAAGACACAUUACUGUGAGUAUUAUUGCUGUGGAGCUCUGUCUUAGGCAGACUAGAUGGGCCAAAUGGUUCUUAUCUGCCAUCACAUUCUAUGUUUUUAUGUUAUACACUCAGACACAUCGACAAUAUGGAGCUACUAGAAAAAAAGGGACAAAGGGAUUUGGAUCCAAAGUAGGGACUGUCCCUCUGAAAUAGGGAUAGUUGGGAGAUAUGUUCUGGCAGUUAAAUCCCAUGUCUGCCAGUGAUGGGCACCCUUUAGCAGCUGUUGUGGGAUGCUUUCCAUUUAACUUCUAUAGGGAUAACCGAGUAGUCAACCUCCGGCACUCCAGAUGUUGUGGACUACAUCUCUCAUGAUGUUCUUACAGACCUAAUGCUUGAGAAGCAUCAUGGGAAGUGCGGACCAAAACAUCUGGAAUGCCGAAAAGUUGUCUACCCCUAUCUGAGGCGCUAAAGAUGAGCCACUAAUGCUUAUCAGGCAUUGUUCAUGGGAUAGACGAGUCACUUUAAAGGUUGCUGUCAGGUUGAGACACUUCAGGGAAGCUAAAUGUUACGGCUGUUAGUGGGAGGUUGCUCAAGAGGAGCUGAUUGUGCAGCAAUGUGAACUGUGUUGGUUUGGUGCAGCAAGGGAUGCAGGGAAUGUCGAUGGUCAUUGUUAGUUGUGUUGUAGACUGCCUGGUGAAUCUUAUUGUAUGCGCCUGUAAAGGCUGCUCAUUAAUGCUUGCUGGAGUUUAUUCACGAUCUGGGAAAAUAAUUGUUAAAGGACCACUAUAGUGCCAGGAAAACAUACUUGUUUUCCUGGCACUAUAGUGCCCUGAGGGUGCCCCCACACUCAGGGUCCCCCUCCCGCUGGGCUGGAUGGCGAGGAACGGGGAUAAACUUACCUUUUUUCCAGCGCCGGGUGGGGAGCUCUCCUCCUCCGCCUCCGAUCCUCCUCUUCGGCUGAAUGCGCAUGCGUGGCAGGAGCUGCGCGCGCAUUCAGCCAGUCUCAUAGGAAAGCAUUUACAAUGCUUUCCUAUGGACGCUGGCAUCUUCUCACUGUGAUUUUCACAAUGAGAAGCACGCAAACGCCUCUAGCGGCUGUCCAUGAGACAGCCACUAGAGGCUUUAGAGGCUGGAUUAACCCAUUAAUAAACAUAGCAGUUUCUCUGAAACUAUGUUUAUUUAAAAAAAAGGGUUAAUCCUAGAGGGACCUGGCACCCAGACCACUUCAUUAAGCUGAAGUAGUCUGGGUGCCUAGAGUGGUCCUUUAAGCCACAUUUAAAAUAUUUAUCAAGUUCGUGUUUUUCCUAUGUACCUACUUUGUUGUUGUAAAAUUUUGCACAAUCCCCAAUUUAGUGAAUAAACCUUUCUUAGGUGUCACUGUAGGAGUCGUGCGUUAGUAAUCACUGGUUACCAAUUACUGGUGAGGCAAGCUUUAUUAGUGUCAUCAGACAAAGCUCGUGAAGUGUUUGAAAUGGUAUACCGUAGUAUUAUGAGACUUUGAAAUACAUAGAUUGCCACAUGAUUAUUUUAGAUCUAAGCUUUUGUUACUCUUCUCCACUGAGCACAUUGAAUACUGCUAAGAUUCAAGAUACCUGCUCCCUUAUUUUUCCUUUCCUUUUCUUACAAAUAAAUUAAUUGUAGCUUUAUGUUAUCUGUGAUGUUUCUAUUUGUGCAUUUCACCUCACAGACAAUUUCUUAUAAAUGACACUACACUUUCACUAUUUACUUUCUUUUAUCCUGACCAAACCCAAAUGAUGUGGCUUCUCCUUGACUUACAAGUUUAAACCCUUAUUGUGUAUUAGUUGAUAACCUCUCUAGGAACCUGGGGCUCUAAUUUAAAUAUGAGUUUUUGAGGAUUGAGCAUAUUGCCUUUUCUGGUGAAUUGUAUGGAAAAUCCUUGAGCAUUUAAAUAUUGUAACAUGUUUGUUUUCCUGUGUGUGUUUAUUAGAACCUGCUAUGACCUGUGUUUACACACGGUAGGGUUUCAGUUCUCACCUUUUUUGAGGAUAUGUCUUUUGCCAAGGGUAUAUACCUAUUGUGCAAAAUGUACAUAGGAUAACAAUGAACAAUAAUUUACUUAACAUUGAGGUGGUUUUUCUUAUUUUAUUGUAGUACUUAAAAAUACUAUGUUAAUUGUUAUGUGUGUUUGUACUACAGCAUUAGGUUAUUUUGUCUGCAAAUUGAUUCACUAUAUGGUGUUUUUUGUUCAGCUAAUGAUCUAUAAACUGUCUUUAAAGGGUUUCUACAACUCUUUGUCACAUAAAGUAUUUCUAACCUCAUACUGCUCUGUUGGGCACUUAAGCAAUUAUCCACUUUUUUGGUCGCCUUUCCAUGCCUUUUUAUAUAAUGUCACGACACACGCUUUAGGUUCAAUCCAUGCAAGCCUGUGAUUGGACUGUUUUUGUCAGCUCAGAGUGCAUGUACGCAGUCUAAGCCAGAGAGGGGAGGUAGGGAAGGAGAAUAAAAAAAAAAAAAAACAUUCUACAAAAAAAACCUUUUUGUAGUGGCGGGAGAGAGCUCACCGCAGAUGCGAGGGAGAGGAGAAUGCUCUUCAUCUUGCAGGUACUCUGCUUACAAGGGAGAAUAUUAUCAUAUCUGCUGCCAACUUGUUUUGCUCACUGUCAACAAAUGUAAAAUAUGCAUAGAAUUGACAGAGUUCCAGGCUGCCUAAGCCAUGUGCGUGCCCUGUUGUAACCGGCCCCUGGUACAAAAGUGCACAUUACUCAGUUUGAAACACUGUGUAUUCAUACUCCUCCACCAUUACCACUUCAAAUCACUGAAGUGGUCAUGGUGGUUGGAGUAACCCUUUAACAACCUCCCAUUCUCUGACUUUAUUUUUGUAUUCCUCUUGUUAAAAUCACCACGGUGAUUCAUAUUUUCAGUGUAUUUGCCUAUAUGUACACAUAUCCCUAAAUGGCCCAGAUAUAUCUAAUUUUGACAUUAAAGGGACACUCCAAGCACCUAAACAGCAUACAUUGCCUACAUGACAUCUGCUUAUAAGACUGAGCAUGAGAUUCUAGCUAUAUACUUGAAAACUAGAGAAAUCUUGAUGUAUCCUUCCUGGUAAAAUAUUUUAUAAAUAAAAUAUAUUGUACUAGCAAAUUUAUAGAUUAGGAAAAAAACUCUUUAAAUUAGGUUUUUCUCCCAGCUGUGAGUCAAUGCCUCAGCGUGCCAAUGGAGAGCAGAAAACACCUCCCACAUAACGCUGCGGUUGCUAUGGAAACUCCCUAGCGGACACUUUUAGCACUGGCCAGGGAGUAUAGGAACUCUGUUUCGAUGCAAGCACACUGGCACUGCGGCUAGCAUGUCGAUGCCACUGACAAGAUUAAUCCUGCUUGGGGGAAGCGUCCCAAGCAGGGCAAAGAACAGAGGUGGAGUACAGGACGGGCCUGAGGUGGGUGUUGCACAAAGAGUAACACCCUCAAAGCAUUACAGCACUGGAACAGAGGAAAAGUGAGUAAAACUUUAUAUUUUACAUUAAAUCCAUCAUGCAUCUUUGUGAUAUAUGGUUUAUUCAAAGUUCAAGUCCUCUCAGAAUGGGUUAAAAUUCACCUUAUUUUCAGCUCUCCACGGGUCUGCCGGCGCUGGCCCCACAACAUUGGUGACAUCCUCAAAAUUGCCGAUUUUAAGCCAAUCCAAUGCUUUCCCAUGGGGAGACCAUUGAAUUGGCUAAAAUCAACAAGGGGCGGGGUCAAACACUGUUUUGGCGAAUCAACACCUCCUCAUAGAGAUGCGUUGAAUCAGUGCAUCUCUAUGAGGAAAAUUCAGCGUCUCCAUGCAGAGCAUGGAGCGCUGAACGGCAGGGCUGCUUAAUGUGCAGCCCUGAAUCAGGAAGCCACUCCAGUGGCCAUCUGAGGAGUGGCCACUUGGAGGUGUCCUUAGGGGCAAUGUAAACACUGCCUUUUCUCUGAAAAGGCAAUGUUUACAUAAAAAUGGCUGAAGGGAGCUAUUAUAUUCACCAGAACAACUACAUUAAGCUGUAGCUGUUCUUGUGACUAUAGUGUCCCUUUAAGUCUAGUUUUGCUUUAAAGAUACACAUCUUAUUGAAGUUGUCAUAGUGCCUUAAAUAUUUCCCCCCUUGUCUUGUUCUUCAGCUAAAAGUAUUUUAAUAGAUUGAAGUCUUGAAAGCGUGGCUUCAAGCCCACUGAAUAAAAGAGCCAAGACUGUUACUUCCUAGCCAUAUUUUGACGUCACACGCAUGCGCAGUGUCAAGGCUUGUCAUAGAGAAUCAUUGCAUUCUAUGAUUUUCUAUGACAAGUGUUUGGUGGAUCGCGGCGAGUGCAGCACCUGCGCCUAUGUUUCCCAAUGCUCCUCUGUAAGGUGCAGUACGUAUUUCUAAGAUGAAAUUGCACUAGAAGGAGCAUGCAGUAGUGCUAAGGGAGACUCGGCACCUGAGACAAACUGAUUAAAAUACUUUUUUAAUAUUUUACACUGCAAAUAGAAUGAGGGCCUAAAUGAGGACAGAAAGACUAUAUAGCCUUAGGUAUACAGGAUUGUAUACCUAACACUAUUGUGUUCCGUUAAAAUAUUUCCUUACAAAUCUCUGAGGUGCUCUGUCUCUUCUUGUCAUUGCUCUUCUGGAAAAAUCUGGCCAUUUUCUACUCAGAUGAAUCUCCUGAGCAUCAGUUUUUUUUUUUUUUUUCUGUAAUUAUGGAUAUAACCUGGAUAAUAAUGGAAAACAAAAAGCCGUGGAAAAUCAGGAGUGGCAUAACUUAAUAUUUAUAUAUUUGAAAAUUAAAAUGGUCUUGUCAACUAAAACUAAACACCUUAAACUUUAUUUAAUCUGAAUCAGGUUGUUUUUUUUUUUUGUUUUUUUUGAGUUCUCUACUUUUCAUGAAAUAUACAAGGAUAAUAAUAAAAAAAAAAAAAACCUCAGGAAAAGCAUCAAACUCAACAUCAGGUAUUCCAUCAUUUAAGCCACAACUUUUGCAAAGGUUGAGUUUAUAACCUGGGAAACCGCUAUAAUGAUAUAGGAGCAGGGAUGUAUUUACCACAAGGCAAACACGGCAUUUGCCUAGGACGGCACUCGGGGGUUUAGCAUGGCCAGCAAUAUCAAUUAGAUCUAAGGCUCUUCUCACACCAAAAUAAAUCUUCAAAAGUGACUUCUUUCAGAUGUCUAGAGUGGAGUGGUGAUGCAAUCAUUUAGGUGAGAUUAGAAUUUAAAAAACUCAUUCACGAUCAGGUAUGUUACUGUUCUCAAACAAUGUCUGCCCUUUUCAGCUGUAGAUGAGUCAGGAUUUUUAACUGAGAUUAGAGUAGUAUCUUUGAGAGCUGGAGAAUGAAGAACUCUUUUUUAUGCUCAACGGAGCAGAGUCUGAUGAUCAGUAAUUUUUCUUUCUCUAGAUUUGCUUUUUGAUGUUUAGAAGAUAUUUCCUUUAGGACACCCGUAAUAUAAACUUUAAACAUUGUUUAUUCUGUCACCUUUGGUAUUCGUAUUAUUGCUGAUAUGAUCUAUAUAGGGAUAUGGCUCCUACCAUAAAAUAUAUAAAAGAUCAUAUUGAUUUGCCAUGGGGGUUGGCAACCCGUUAUGAGCUUUUAUUUCUAUCGAAAAUCCUUUUGUUUACCUGUGAAGUUGAUAACAUUUGAGCGCUCAUCCAUACACUCAAAUACCAACUGAAGAGGCGUUCAAUUCCUUUUUGUAUUGAGUUAAUUUACCUAUAGUCUCACAAGACUAGCUUGAGUUCUUGGAACAGCCCUUAACCAAGGAUGAAUUGGCCUGAAACGUUCUGAAAUCCCCCAGACCAUUAAAUAAAUGCCAAAACACAAGGCACUGGGCCCCGACUGGUUUUCCAAUGUAAUAAUAGUUGGAACACCAGUCUGGGCUCAGUGCCUUGUUUUUUGGUAUAUCUUUAAUGGUUUUGGGGAUUUCAGACUAUUAGGCUGUCAAGUUAGAACCGUAUUUUGCUUGCAAAUACCUACUUUUGGAUUGAGCAAAUUUGGGGUUUCAAUUUAGAUGCCAGCAUGUGUCCUACAUCUUUUUUAAAUUAUGCAUCUUAUAGCUCAGAUUUGUCCAAAUAAUUUAGAACAUUUAUCACUCCAGUUAUAAAUUGAUAUUUUAUUUUAAAAAAUUGGUGACCUGCCCACUUUAAAGGGACACCGCUACUAAAUAUAGAGCAAUCCCCACGGAAACAAUCAGAAUGUCCCUCAAUAUUAGCACUGUGCCCCAAUAAAUACAAUUUCCUUCACUGUAGGUGGGGGGGGGGGGGAAUAAUAGAGAAUGAUGAAUUGUUUGCUACAGAUCAUGGGAAAUGGUUCUGGUAAUGAACUUUUACUAAACUAGGUGACUUGUAAUCAGCAUGCUUCAAAAGCUUUCUGAGGGAGAGAUGAGCAUAUGACACAAACACAGGAGUUUAUAUUUUAGCUGGCAACCUAGUGCUAGAAGCAUAGUGCCUAGUGCCAGCACCUAGAGCUAUUCAUAUUUACUCAUGAAAACCCUGAAGCUAUAACAGAAGCCUGAUAUAAAAAAAGAUUUCUUGAUGGGUGUGUGUGUGUAUAAUGAAAGCUGGUGCAAUGUCUUAGAAUAGUUAACAUAAUAUAUUCUUACUUACAGCUAUGUUACAUCAUGAAUGUGGAGGAAAGGUAACCCUUUUAGUAAUGGAGGGAAAUAGGGAAUAUCAUUUUUUAAUAUUUGAAGUGGGGUCCGUGUGACCCAGUUUCACUUGACGAGCCACACCAGUAAUAACAUCAUCUCCAUGCUGAUCCAUUCCUCUGUUCCAUUCCAGGUAUUCCCCCUUGAUAAAGAUACAGAAGGGAAACAUUUACGGAACGACGGACUGCAGGUACCCCAGACUAUAAUGUAUACACUCCAGCCAUUCUCGACUUUUAUUUCUUUUCCCCCAAACUGUCUGUCACCUGGCAUUGCCAAGAGGUUGGGCCUUAUCCUGGACGGGGACUUGAAAUUGUAUUCUUCUGCGUACUCUUUUCAUUACAAAUCCUAUCUACGGAUUUUCUCCGACCAUGUCAACCUUUUUAUCAUUGGGUCUUUGGAGUCUAUCUGGGACUACACAUACUUUUUUUUCCCCUCGCUUUAUUCCAAAGCACUUAACUCCUUUAUUCUCCUCUUCCACAAACUCACCUAAUCAAAUUGCCAUCAGGGUUUUCUGCUAAACAGAGAAUUGAGAAGUUAAUUGCAAACUAUAUCCCAAAAGAGCUGACAUUUUCAGAUUCAGCUAUUUUGACCUACAGAUUGUAACUCCUUUGUCAAUUCCUGAUUAUAAAAACCCAUAGCCUCUCUCUAUUGUCGUUGCCUUCUUUACUGACUUGGCACUCAGCUGCAUACACAAUGGAUAUGAAAAAAAAUAAAAUAAAAAAACACCUCACGUUUGCAUGAUAAGGCUAUAAAAAUUCCAAAUGAGUACAGAUGGUCCGCUAUCUCAUGAUCUGAUUCAAUGUGAUUCGCCAUGACUUGUGCAAGAAUUCUGAUUCUUCCUCUCGUCCACACUCUGCUGUUCUUCCAGAGGACUACCAACUGCUAAAGUUAAAAAUCCAAGCUGUAAAUGUUCUUAAUGAAACUGUAUUUGGCCUCAUCUACUCUUUGUAGACUAUUUGGAUGAACGUGGUAUUUGUCUUGGAGGCUCUAGGCAAUAUUAUACGCAGUUGUGCACGGUACAUAGGCUACUAAUCAGAUUCUGAAGAAAAAUCUUUUGUCUGGGUAUGAAGAAAAUUUCUAUGGUACAAUAUGUUUUUAAUUCUCGCUCUCCGUUUCUGUGGGCAGUCCACUCUCUACACUCUUUGCUACGGUGGUUGUAGACACUAAUGCUUCUUAUUCUUAAGGAUUUUUCCUAACAUAAUGUUAUCCUUCAUUUCUCUUACUACAAGCCCUUCACCCAUUAGAUCAGGCAUUUAACCACUAUUAUCGGUAUCAGAGCACACCUUUACCUAUUGAGCUUAUUCACGUGUCACAUCUUUUAAUUGGUAUCUUUCCUUUGGUGUCUAUCCCUAAUCUUCACUCUCUGCUUUCCAAGUUCAAAAAGUUUUCUGAAAUGUGUUAAACUUGUUGUGGAGAGACCUGGGGUGCCUAAUUUCUCUCCAAUAUAAAAAUAAAAUGAAAAACAUUCAGGCUCCUGGCAUGUCUGUUUGUUUGAAGCCAUUUGUUAAGCAGCAGUGCAGAAGUCAGGAUGAUUUUUUUUUUAUUUUUUUUUAUUUUUUUUCAGGGUCUGAAGAAUUUAGACCCUAAAUGUUUUCUCUGUUUUGUAUACAGGUCAUUUUGAGGGUAUUCUAAAAUCUCUGACUAGUGCUUCCAUACUAUCUAACUUCCACACUAUCUAACUUGCUCUGAGAGCAUGAAUGGGAUCUGGUCAGGAUUAUGCUUUGGGGUGGGAGGCUAGGUUUUUGGGUUAAAAUUUUGCUUUGUGCCAGUUGGGAGUUCUAAAGUGAGGUGGAAGGAUAUAGGUGUGCGUCUCAUUGAACUGUUAAAUAUGUAUAGGGGGUGCGUUAUGAGAGGUGUGUUUUUGCAGGACUGAAGUUCAACGACUUCAUAGAGAUCGAUUGAGUCAAUGCAUCACUAUAAGGAAAUGAUGAUAGAUGCAAAGUGGCAGUUGCUGUGCAUGCGCACUGGCCUCUGUAAUGAUAACUCCAGCAAGGGAAGGAGCCGUGGGGAUGAAUAAAAUGCUUUAUUGAAUGAAGGGCAGGGAGGGGGCAUGAAUCUAAAUAUUUAUGAAAAUACUAUAAUGUUAGAAAUACCCUUGCUUCUAUAAUGCUCUCAGAAUGCCUUAAAAAGUGCAAAACCAGUACUCUCAGUGGCUGACCAUUUAUUUAUUGCUUACAAAAUCUGUUCUAAAUAAGCAAGUAUAAUAUGCAUUAGAAAUAUGAAAUAAAAUAGUGAUCCCAUCUUAAAUUUGCCUUUGUGUCUGUAGAAUUUGCUUUGGGAUUUGGAAAUGUUUGAUUUGAAUAUUUAAAAAAAAAAUACAAUAUUUGAAAAAAUAUGCAAAAUACCAAAUUGUUCUAUAGAUUGUAGUCAAACCAAGAAACAUUUUAAAGUGGAUCUGAAACUGUCUGGGGACUUUGCAUCAUUUUCAAAGACACCUUUGGAGGGGGAGAGGCAAGCAAAUCUGAUUUAAAAUAAAAAUUUUUUACUUACCUGAACCAUUCCCUCGAGGGAGCUGCCAUCCUCUUCCUGUCGCUCCUCUUAUGCUCCUUGCGCUUCAGCUGCCCGGAGCCAUUGUCACUGCUGUACUCUUGAGUAUGCAUGUGAGUACAGUGCUAAGGUCUAUGGAGAAUUCCGCGAGACAGCAGGAAGAGAGCUUAAUUUCUCUAGUAGUCACUGGUGAUGGCUGUCGGAAAUGACAACCUUGAUGAAGGUAGCCACGCCCAGUGUCAGGUGGAGGAAAAAUACUGAGGUAAAGUAGUUCAACUUUGUCUCAUUAUAGCUUAUGACUGAGUAGAAAUCCCAACACAGUCAAUUCUAUCUGUAUGAAAUACUCAUUUAGGGAUGGGGGAUACAGGGCCCCUUUAAUUUAAUUCCUUUUAGAUAUGUGCUGAAGGAUCAAAAGCACAACGAGGGGUGUAAAUGCAAGGAAUAGAGGAGGUAACAACUAUAUAAAUCAAUCUUUAAUAUGUCUGAGGAUAGAGGCACUGCUGUCCUUGGCAAUAAACAAAAUCAAGAAUAAAACUGAUGUUUAUUUAGGUUCAGCGAUUUUUAUAUAUAUAUAUAUAUAUAUAUAUAUAUUGUGGUUAAGUGAAUUUUCUCCUACGAUAUAUAUUUUCCCCUAACAGGAGUUGGCUGGGAUUGGCAGGAAGAAUCUUGGCACAGACUAUUACUGCUUAUUAGAUUUUGAAAGGUAUUCAACUGAUAGGGUAAUUAUCACUGUUGGCCAAAUUGCACAGGAAAGGGUUAAGGGUUAAUUUGAGUAGUAGGGUGUAUUAGACAUGCAAGGUCAGAUCAAUUGCCAUAGCAGAAUCUGUCACUGAUUUACACCAUCCCAUAACUUCUUACCUCAUGGUCUGUGCUUUCCAGCCAAACAAUCUAGAGUCACUCACAUAUGCAGUGGCAUGAGCUUCGAUAUCACUUUUAGCAAUAUGUAAUGCUGUGCAGACUUUGAACUCUGAACUCCUGCAUGCUAUAUACAAGGCCACUUAAGAAACGCGUGUGUGUGUGUGUUUGUAUAUGAACUUGUUUUUAUUUUUCUCUGUUUCUGCAGCUGAAGAUGGUUUUUAAAAAAAAAUAAAAAUCUAAUUUUCAGACUCAGACUGGGUACCACUGACACUCUCCGUUAACUUUCUAGCUACUAGCUCCCCACUGAAAAAAGUGAGUGGAAAAGGGAUGUAUCUUCACUCUCUUUUCUCAAUGGUGAUAGCCUCAGGAUGCCUAAGACCUGCACAGGAAGUCGAGGCGCAGAGCGAUUAGGCGCUGUUUUGCAGUCUUUGACUUUCAUGAACGCUUUAUCUCUCACACCAAAACCUCCCGGCAGUAUAUCAUGUUCAAUACAACAAUGUUAUGUUGUCCAGAAAGCAUACAGGCACACAUCGAAUUCUUCUGCUCGUGUAUCCUCAGUGCCUGCACUAAGAUUGAGAGGGGAUCAGAAAAUGCAGUAUUACAGGGAGUGCAGAAUUAUUAGGCAAGUUGUAUUUUUGAGGAUUAAUUUUAUUAUUGAACAACAACCAUGUUCUCAAUGAACCCAAAAAACUCAUUAAUAUCAAAGCUGAAUAUUUUUGGAAGUAGUUUUUAGUUUGUUUUUAGUUUUAGCUAUGUUAGGGGAUAUCUGUGUGUGCAGGUGACUAUUACUGUGCAUAAUUAUUAGGCAACUUAACAAAAACAAAUAUAUACCCAUUUCAAUUAUUUAUUAUUACCAGUGAAACCAAUAUAACAUCUCAACAUUCACAAAUAUACAUUUCUGACAUUCAAAAACAAAACAAAAACAAAUCAGUGACCAAUAUAGCCACCUUUCUUUGCAAGGACACUCAAAAGCCUGCCAUCCAUGGAUUCUGUCAGUGUUUUGAUCUGUUCACCAUCAACAUUGCGUGCAGCAGCAACCACAGCCUCCCAGACACUGUUCAGAGAGGUGUACUGUUUUCCCUCCUUGUAAAUCUCACAUUUGAUGAUGGACCACAGGUUCUCAAUGGGGUUCAGAUCAGGUGAACAAGGAGGCCAUGUCAUUAGAUUUUCUUCUUUUAUACCCUUUCUUGCCAGCCACGCUGUGGAGUACUUGGACGCGUGUGAUGGAGCAUUGUCCUGCAUGAAAAUCAUGUUUUUCUUGAAGGAUGCAGACUUCUUCCUGUACCACUGCUUGAAGAAGGUGUCUUCCAGGAACUGGCAGUAGGACUGGGAGUUGAGCUUGACUCCAUCCUCAACCCGAAAAGGCCCCACAAGCUCAUCUUUGAUGAUACCAGCCCAAACCAGUACUCCACCUCCACCUUGCUGGCGCCUGAGUCGGACUGGAGCUCUCUGCCCUUUACCAAUCCAGCCACGGGCCCAUCCAUCUGGCCCAUCAAGACUCACUCUCAUUUCAUCAGUCCAUAAAACCUUAGAAAAAUCAGUCUUGAGAUAUUUCUUGGCCCAGUCUUGACAUUUCAGCUUGUGUGUCUUGUUCAGUGGUGGUCGUCUUUCAGCCUUUCUUACCUUGGCCAUGUCUCUGAGUAUUGCACACCUUGUGCUUUUGGGCACUCCAGUGAUGUUGCAGCUCUGAAAUAUGGCCAAACUGGUGGCAAGUGGCAUCGUGGCAGCUGCACGCUUGACUUUUCUCAGUUCAUGGGCAGUUAUUUUGCGCCUUGGUUUUUCCACACGCUUCUUGCGACCCUGUUGACUAUUUUGAAUGAAACGCUUGAUUGUUCGAUGAUCACGCUUCAGAAGCUUUGCAAUUUUAAGAGUGCUGCAUCCCUCUGCAAGAUAUCUCACUAUUUUUGACUUUUCUGAGCCUGUCAAGUCCUUCUUUUGACCCAUUUUGCCAAAGGAAAGGAAGUUGCCUAAUAAUUAUGCACACCUGAUAUAGGGUGUUGAUGUCAUUAGACCACACCCCUUCUCAUUACAGAGAUGCACAUCACCUAAUAUGCUUAAUUGGUAGUAGGCUUUCGAGCCUAUACAGCUUGGAGUAAGACAACAUGCAUAAAGAGGAUGAUGUGGUCAAAAUACUCAUUUGCCUAAUAAUUCUGCACUCCCUGUAUGCUAAAGAGAAGUAGUAGGUUUUAAUAGAAAGCAUGACACAAAAUUCCUAUGAUUAGGGACUGAAAAGGCAAAAACAAGUUUGGAGUUCAUAAUUUUAAUUAUUUUUGCUUGGUGCCUUGUAGAAAGAGGGCUGUCUCAGAGUUCCGCAAUGGCAGAAUCAUUAUAGGCUCUGUGACGUCCUAUAAAGUAAAUCAAUAAUUGAGUACUCGAUAAGAUCGUGUUUGUUUUCUUACUUUACUUUUUUCUUUCUUCUUUUAAUGUAGGAAUCGUCCAUAUUGGAAGAUUACCAAAUUAAUUGGUCUCAGAAGCUUGGUGCUGGUAUCAGUGGUCCUGUAAGGUAAAGUUAUUUUAGUUUUGGCUGGAAACCUGGACUUAUAGGAGAAUUGUUUUAUUUAUAUUUUUGUUGUGUUUUCAUUGAGGACUUUUUUUUUUUCUUUAUAAUUAUGCCAGACUUUUUACACCAGCUUUAUUCUGUAAUAACCUGUGCUUAUGGAAAAUGAAUAGUAGGAUAAAGGAUUAGUGAUGAGCUUCACUCCCAAAAUAAGGUAGAAGGCAUUUUAAGACACCAGUUUUACUACUGCUAACGUAAAAUCUGUAACCUGUUUAGUGGAUCCAGUAAAUCCACUAGUUCGCUUUUAUUAUGUAUUAAUAUAGAAUAAUUGAGACGGCGUCCAUUCUGGCCCACUAUUGGCAAGUUUAUCGAUAUGUUGUACAGCAAAUUGGAUUUGCUAGUUUGAAUACAUUUGCACUGUUUGCCCAAAUAUUUAAGUAGCUCACCUCAAAUGGUUGUUGACUAUAUGGAAGACCCCAUAUAUAGUAAUUUAAUUAGUUAAAUUUUUUACACAAAAUUCUCCUGACCAUACUACAACUAUCUGGGGGAAAUCAAGCUGGGCACCUGACAUAUCCAAAUAGCUCAAUAUUUUUGUAUAUGUUUAAAAAAAAAAAAAAAAAAAGUUUCUCGUCUGCUUUUAUAUACCAUUAUUUGGGUGGGGUUAAACAUGAUGCACCUGUGUUAUUGAGUUUAGCUAGAAAGCAGUGACAAGUGAAGAUGUAAGGUAUCAGAAGAGUGUAUGGCUUAGGUAUAAGCAUUUUAUUUCCUGAAGGCACAAUUAACAUAAUUAUGUGUAACUAUCAACAUUUAUCCAUCUUGCAUGUGGAGCGGAAGAGCUGUUUCUUGGUAUAGGGAGAAAUAUCACUAAUGCAGCUUAGUUACUGACAAUAUUUAAAGGAUUUUAAAGUUUUUUUAAAAAAGUAACAUUUGAUUCAUUAUCGAUAAUGCUUUUGAAUAUGAGAUGUGAGUGUGGCAUGCAAACAAACUUGAAAUAAGGCAAACUUCAAGGUUUCCCACUUUCUGAUUUAGCACCCUCGUGGGUUGUAUUACAGAGGCAGGAAUCUUUAUAAGCAGCUACAAGAAAUGACAGUGGGAUUAAGGGUGUUCUAAGCACCUGUUCUUUUUAUGAUCAGCUUCUACUGUACCUUUAAGCAAAUAUAUCCUGUGCUCUGAAUCUACUGUUACACUGUCCCAGAUCAUCUAUUUAUACCAAGAGCAAACUACUUCCUUUUCUGAUACUACCCUUGAUUUUGAGUGGGCCAACAAUAGCACCUUGGCUGUAUAAUGGCCGUGUUAUGGCUUUGUAUCUAUAAUAAGAUAGAAAUAGAAUACCAUGCCAUUCUCUCCGAUAUACACUGUAUAUUGGAUCUGUUUGAAAUUUCUACACAUUUAAAUGUAGUCCUUUUCCUGCUCAAGAUGUAAAACUUGAUUGUGUUAUGGCCCACUGCAAGCUAGCAACCCAAAGUAAGAGCAAUUUUUAACCCCUUAAAGACACAUGACGGAAAUAUUCAGUCAUGAUUCCCUUUUAUUCCAGAAGUUGUGUCCUUAAGGGGUUAAAAUGUAAGAUCUUAGAACUACAAUAGGAGCAAUAUGUACAAAUACAUAAUUAAUUUUACAGUAUUCACAUAAUGCCAGAAUUGGCAAUAUGCACCUGGAGAGCAAAAUAACAAAUAAUUAAUCUUGAGAAAAGAGGAAAAACUUAAAGGACCACUAUAGGCACCCAGACCACUUCAGCUCAAUGAAGUGGUCUGGGUGCCAGGUCCUUCUAGGAUUAACACUGCCUCCUGUAAACAUAGCAGUUUCAGAGAAACUGCUAUGUUUACCUAUGGGUUAAUCCAGCCUCUAGUGGCUGUCUCAUUGACAGCCGCUAGAGGCGCAUCCGCGCUUCUCACUGUGAUUUUCAGUGAGAGAACGCCAGCGUCCAUAGGAAAGCAUUGAGAAUGCUUUCCUAUGGACUGGCUGAAUAUGUGCACGGCUCUUGCCGCGCAUGCGCAUUCAGCCGAUUGACGACCGAGGGAGCCCGGCGCUGGAGAAAGGUGAGUGUUUAACCCCUUUCCUCUCCCUUCAGCCCGGCGGGAGUGGGACCUGAGGGUGGGGGCACCCUCAGGGCACUAUAGUGCCAGAAAAACGAGUUUGUUUUCCUGGCACUAUAGUGGUCCUUUAAGAAGAAAACCUACGUAACCAACACAGAAAAGGGAUACAAAAGCCACUGUUGCACCUUUUUUUUCCCCAAAAUUCACAAGAAGUCCUCAAGGGUCAUUUGUGAAUGCAUUUUUUUUUUUUAUUAAAUCUUUAUUUUUGUGGGUGCAGCAUGAUGAUAACAUUACCACAUGUGUUCGUCAUUACAACGUAAGAAUAACAUAGAUCAAAGUAACAAUUUUAACACAUGGGAGCUACCCAAUUUUAAUUUUUGAAAACCUAUUCAGCCCUCUCGCGCCCAGUCUAAGGGUAGGGGUGUCAAUAAUGUGUUGGGUGGCACAUACAUAUAGUAGUAAGUGCUCGUAGGCUUAGUAGCAAGAUGCUGCGUCUAGAAUAGACAAAGGCACAUCUGGGUGGGUAAUUAUCUGAUACGGGACUUUCGGUAUUGUGAAUGCAUUUUAAGGUGGAAGAGGUCUGGUAAAACCGUGUGCCAUCAGUUUUGGCUCUUUUUCACUGUCUCAUUAAUAUUGCUACUAAUGACCAUUCUUCACCCAGAGUCUGUAUGAAAAAGACAACGCAAGAACGUUUUGCAUUGAAAGUUCUUCUUGAUCGUCCAAAAGCAAGAAAUGAAGUGAGUAUAACUGGUUGCCUGGAGUGAAAUCUAACUAGGUCUAAACUAUUGUGGGUGUCUUAGCUUAUUUAUGUUAACAUUGAUAAUCAUUUCUUCCCCAAUAUGCAUUUCUCUCUGUGCACAUCAAACAGAACUGUUUGUUGGUGAUCACUCCCAGCUGAAAGAAUUAAUCUUAUUUGUAUAUAAGAGAUUAUACAAAUGGGAUAAUGCACUGUUAAAUGAAAAAUAAAACAUAUUAUGAAAAACAGUAGGUGUGUGCACAAGUAUAUAUUCUGUUUGUUAAAACCCUUCAGCACCUUUUUUUUUUUAAAGUUGAUCUGUUAUUAGCAUGAUGUACUUAAAGGACCACUCUAGGCACCCAGACCACUUCAGCUCAAUGAAGUGGUCUGGGUGCCAGGUCCAUCUAGGGUUAACCCCUGCCUCCUGUAAACAUAGCAGUUUCAGAGAGAAACUGCUAUGUUUACAUUAGGGUUAACUCAGCCUCUAGUGGCUGUCUCUGUGAGAAGACGCUAACGUCCAUAGGAAAGCAUUGAGAAAUUCUUUCCUAUGGACUGAUUGAACGCGCGCGUUCGGCGGAAGACUGAGGAGAGUCCCCGGCGCUGGAGAAAAGUAAGAAUUUAACCCCUUCCUCCCCCUUCAGCCCGGCGUGAGUGGGACCCAGAGUUUGUUUUCCUGGCACUAUAGUGGUCCUUUAAUGCAAUAUUCCUUGCAGAUAUUUUUAUUUUAAGAAGUUGUUGCAUCUUUUGCAGUAAUUUCCAUUUCAUGACCUGUCUGUUUUCAGGGUGGAGUUGGUCAUCUUGGAACUGGCAUGUCAGUUAUGAGCAUAGAGAGAAACGAGAAUUGUGCCUCUAGAACCAAGCAUUAGCCAAACGCCUUUAUUUCAUAAAACACCUAUGUUUUUGGUUAUUGAAAAAUUCCAGCUUAAUUGUAAUCUUUUGUAUUUUGUUUUUAGUCUAUAUUAUUGUGCAUAGACACUUUCUCCUGAGAGGGUCAUGUUAUCACCCAAUGUACUAAUGACAAAAUGAAUAUGUUUAAUUCAAAUAUUAUUUACUUGCAACUUAAGAAAAAUCUUUACAGUGGUAAAAGUAUGAAUAACGGUUCUAAGAGACAACUCUCUUGGUGCAGCAAUCACACAAAAUGUUGCUGGAGAUGCUUCCAUUUAUAGACUUUUUGGCCAGAUUUUCUUUUUAUACAGAACAUUCCCCCCCAUGUCAGUGUUGCAGCUCUCAUUCAAGCUGUAAGCUUGUGACAUGGUUCCAUUGGGCCAGAGUUUAGAAGCCUGAAUUCCUUCAGCUCUGUUGGAUUGAGAUAGCGUUGUCAUCCAAAAAUAUAUAUACUCUCAUUUUAUACCCACACUGGACAUUUUAGUUGAUCUCUGAGUUUGUGAGUCUUAGGGCUGCGUACACACAUAUAAAACCAUAUACUUUGUUCAUGGCAGACAAGACAGGGGGACCCAGAGCAGUUGAGGAAUAGGCGGAGGGAAUCGAUGGCGGACUGGGGGGAGGGCAUCUACUCUGACCUGUGCCAACGUUCCCUAUCCUGUCUGCUUUAUCUAACUUCUCUCUUCUCCCUUUUAUCUAACCUCUUUCUCUUACUUUCUGACUUGCACUCAUUUUAAAAUUCUAUAGACUUUUUCCCAGGUUAUAACUGGGGAGAAUGUAUCAAUUAUAAACUCUCUUGGUUGGGGUAUUGCUUUUAAUCUAGAGCUAGCACUUUGUAAUAUGUUAUGUUUUUGCAAUGGAGACCUGUGAGUCUUGCAAUAUUCUUCUUUUCUUUUAUACUCUUUGACAAUCUCUCUCAUAAAAAAAAAUAUAUCUAAUAAACACAGAUUUAAAAACAAAAAACCCAUAUGCUUUUGCACUGGGUCACAUUUAGCACAUAUAUCAAUGAUCUUGUUGUGUCUGAUGGUUUUGGUUGCACAUCUCACAGCCCUACUGUUUUCUGUAAGUCUGUUUAUAUUGUCAUUUUCUGGGUUUUGUUGAAAUGUAAACUACAUAUUUUCUAAUGGGGACUUCUUGUGCUAAUUUACCUGUCCUCUAUCCUGUACUCUCUUUAAUCACACUGAUUGCUUUAUCUUCAAGGUUCGACUACAUAUGCUGUGUUCUGCACAUUCGAACAUUGUGCAAAUUGCAGAGGUUUAUGCAAACAGUGUGCAGUUCCCCCAUGAAUCUACCCCAAGGUAAGGAAGGCCAGCCAAAUCUACAUUUGGCUAUCUUGUACACUUUUAUUCUUUUUUUUUUUUUGUGUGUGCCCAUUUUAGAGACCGAAGAGAUGUGAUAGGACAUUUCCCUUUUUAGGUUUGUUUGUCUUUUUAGCUUGAGAAUUGGGACUGGCUGACAGUUUACACAAUGUCAGUCACCAGCUACGAUUAAUUAGCUGAAUGAUGUAGUUGAUCCCAUAGAGAUUCAUUGUUUUUCAUUGUUUUUUUCUGCCAAUUAGUGCAAGGUGAGAUUUCCAAGAUCUUAAUUGCAUUUAAACAGCCAUCUUCUGAAUCCGAUAAUGGAAAUUCUUUUUGUAAUACCUCCUGUUUAGAAUCUCCAGUAAUUGUUGUUCUUUCUCUCAAGGCGUCUUAUUGGAUCCUCUUCCUAAUUUUUCUCUCCAACGUAUAUUAUAAGAAUGCAGGUGUCAAAAGUGAUUGAUUGAACAGCCACAAUGAUUAGAUGGAUUAAAACACAAUGCAAGUAUAAAGGAUGGAAGCACCUAAAUCAAUAUACCUAAUUUCAAUCUUUUACAUUUAAAGUACAAUUAGCUCUAUAAUUUGUCAUAACAGUGGACUUCACCUAUGUUUGCAGCUUGUCACGAAUGCCCAGUUUGGACUGGAAAGCCAGUUAGCAUUUGUUAUAACCUUAAGCAUGCAAUUGUUCCAGAUUAGUACCUUAUCAGACAAUUUUUCCUAUCUACUUUUUAAGAUGGGUUUUAUACAUUACCAAUAUGAAGUAGAUUAUUGGAUUAUAAUUUAUUUACAUAAACUAAUUUGUAAACACACAUUUUCAGUAGAAAAAAAAACACAUAUGGCUGAAUAGUAUUUGGGGUUGAAUGCUUCAUAACUGGUUAUUCUAUAGAUCAGUGAUUGUGAACGUGUAUCUUACCUGUACACAUCAGUCACAGCGUUACGUCUGGGAGUUAUAAUACAAAGUUAUUUGUCAGAACUGCACAUUUUCAUUCAUUUUUAGUUUUUUCCCAUUUCUCUUUUUUUAACAUUAAAAUGAACUUUAUCAUCCCAUGUUCCAAGGAAGUAUAUUUUAACGAAGAUUUAUUGAUUUCCUUAACCCCUUAAGGACACGACAUGUGUGACAUGUCAUGAUUCCCUUUUAUUCCAGAAGUUUGGUCAUUAAGGGGUUAAAGGGAAAUUAUUGCUGAAAAUUAAUAUUGCGGUGCAAAUAUUUCUUUAAUUUGCUCUGCAGCUUUGGAUAGAAAAUGUGUACACAUGUUGCCUGGUUAAGCGACUCUUAGCAGUUUUCUGUUAUCGGUUCCUGGUCACAGUAUAUUUGUGCCAUACCACAUGCAGCUUUAUUAGUUAAUUAAAAGAGCAGCUGAUCUCAUUCCUCCUGUCAAUGACCUCUGCAGACUACAGAUAUUUGUAUGUGUGGGAGCUGGAGGGGGGUGGAGAUCUGUUGGCUAGCUUCAAAAUUAUAUCUAAUCUGUGGGGUAACUAGUGCUGCAAACCAUGUUUAACUAGUUAACAUCUGGUGCCUAAUCUUUGACUAAAUAUUAACCUGGCUCUGUUUCAGCAAGAGUUUCCCUUUUUGCACAAUAACAGUCAUGUCAAUGUAUAUAAUGUAUAUUGGUCUUUCAAAGCUGAUCAGAAUGUUUACACACUUCAUUUAGCAUAACAUGUUACUCUAUUAGAUUUCAGCUAUGCUCUAGUCUAGGUUAUUAUUGUAAGCCAAAAGCCAGUGUCAUUUUACUGUGGGUGAUAACCAAGUCUUUGCAGUACAGGCAGAAAUCAUAAGUACCAGACACAGACGUCUUAUGAGUUACCAUCUUUUCAGCAUUACAGCACACCACUUUUGGUGGUUAUGAUGCUUUCUUACAGUUUGUGGUGGUUAUGGUGCCUUGACGCUUCUGAUGCUAUCCCACUGUUACAAGUCAAACCAUUUUCAAACUGUUUGGCAAUUGUUCCACUGCACAGAUAACACUAUAGGGCAGUGGUAGGCACCGUUUGGCACUUUAGAUGUUGUGGACCCAUCAGGGGAGAUGGAGUCCAAAACAUCUGGAGGACCGAAGGUUGCAUACCCCUGAUAUAAGGGACAAUCCACUUUCACAUUAUCAAUUUCAAUACUGUCUUCAUUGGCUGAGAGUACUAUCUUGCACUCCUCAGCCAAUUAAUUCCUUCCGAACUUUUUAAAAAUAGUUAUAUUUUAUAUGAAUUUACGGUAAUCUACUUGAAGACAAAAAGCAAAAUGGGGGGAAGGAGAGUAGGGGCAGCAGGCCACUGGGAGCCACUUUUUUUCAUUUUCAAACUGUUUGAAUUUUAAUAGUGAGAUGGUGCCAGGGGUGUUUUAGUGCAUUGUCACUACACUUGGCUAUAGUUCCCCUUUAAUUGUGAAUAAGAACCUAGCUCCUUUUUUAAUUUUUAAUUUUUUUUUAAUAUUAAAAACUCCAAUUUCUGUUGGAUCAUUGGAUGUUGCUGAUGUUCCAAAUAGCUCUGUAUCUAUGCCAGUGUGCAGUAAAUUGAUACCCGCUGGUCAUAAUGUCACCUGAUAAACUGAUAUUAGAAGAGCCGUACCUGUCCGGAAGGCAGCAAGGUGGAUGCUACCACUGCUGGCGGAGAAGUGCCAGUGCUGUCAGUCUGGGCCAUGACCUUCAUCAAAACUGAACUAAAACGUAUCCAGAUCGUAAAAUAAUAUACAAGGUCGCUCCUUGCAACGGCCAGUGUCAGCAUUCACUGCAUAUUCACUGAUAUUUGACCCACUCUUUAAAUUAACACUUUUGAACAGGGCACGGCUGCUAAUUGUUAUGGAGAUGAUGGAGGGGGGCGAGCUGUUUCACAGAAUCAGCCAGCACCGGCACUUCACUGAGAAGCAAGCCAGCCAAGUAACAAAGCAGGCAAGUUACAGAAACACCACCAGCAGUCUUGCAUUGAACAACUAAGGGUUAAAGGCAUUUUAAAGGGACCUAGAUUCACUUGACCUUAUUGCCUGCUUUGUUAUAAUCUGAAUAUCUAGUGCACGCCACAACUCGCAUAAGGUUUUUUUUUUUUUUUUUUUAUGUUUGUUCCAACCAUAUUGCGCAACUGCAUUUACCGGGGUUUCCAUAACCUUGAUCACUGCAUGAAGGGCUUGCAAUAUGUUGCAGGUCGUUCUCUGGCGUGAAGGGUUUAAAUCAAAUUUGAUUGAAUACAAAAAUCAUUUGCAGUUAAUGCUUUCCUUUCUGGUUGUUGAUUUGUUUAAAUGCUCAUGUGAUUGGAUAGGUUGAUUCACCUCUAAACUUAAAAAUACACAUUGAUUUUUGAAUGAACUGCUCAGACUGUUCCUGCCUCUUUUAGCGCAGAUGUACAAGAUUAUUCAAACUGAUACGAUACAAUGCCUGCUUCUUUAAGAAGCUAGAUAAUAUGUAUUUCAUUGCCUAUAUUUAUAUCCCUGUGGUACACUAACCCACUGAUGGCUUGUGCUUUGGUGUUGCAAAUCCGUAUGGAAUUGAAAGAUUAAGUAUAUCUGAGAAAUUAUAUUAUCAACAUUAAAUAGUGAGUGACAGUCAUUGACAAGCAGAUAAAUUCAUGCACUUGGCAAUCACUUUAUUGUUGGGAAGCAGUCAGAUCUCCCAUGAUCCUCCCUGACAAUAGAGGAUGACAUGUAUGGCUGAUAAAACUGUUUUUCUGACUUGUGUUCACUCUUGACAGAUCGCCUUGGCCUUACAACAUUGUCACUCACUAAAUAUUGCACACAGAGAUCUCAAGCCAGAGAACCUGCUGUUUAAGGAUAACUCAUUGGUAAGGCCAUUUGGAAUGCUUUUAAGUGAAGGUGGUUGUUAAAUGGUAAUUAACUGUUUCACUGUAUGUUCUGGUGUCCAGGCUUGCUUAUAUAGACUUCUAGACUGCUCUAUUGUUGCAUAGUUAUCCUUGUUUAAUACAAUGCAUUGUGUUUAGUUUAUACCUAUUGACAUCAAGGCGUAAUUUGUUUGUUUAUUCUCAAUUUCAGGAUGCACCAGUUAAAUUAUGUGACUUUGGCUUUGCCAAAAUAGAUCAAGGUGACCUAAUGACACCACAGUUUACUCCAUACUAUGUAGCUCCUCAGGUACGUAAACAUUUAGUGAAUGUCAUUGUUUUGAUAUCUUUUGUCUGUUAAACAGAUACUCCAGGCUAGUUCUAACCAAUGUUUUUACACUAUAUAGAUAAUGCAUUAAAGGGACAACAUUGGCAUGAAAACCACUCUAUAUAUUAUUGAAGUAGUUGUGUGGCAUACAGCCUGUGCCUGCAGUCUGGUAAUAUAAAAUAUUGCCGAUUCAGAAAAAUAGCAGUUACAUUUGGCCAUAAACAUGCCUCUAGUGGCUCUCAGACUGGCUUCAUAUUUUGCAUUAUCAUCCAAAGGAUGCCAAACGCUGUGAAUGCUUCUUUAUGUGAAGCAUCUGAUUGGCAGAGCACCGCAAUUGCUGAGCAUGUGCAGUUUGCCAUCAAUGUUUCUCUGAGAAGCAUUGCAUGGAACCGCAAAUUAUACACAUGGUCUCAGUAGAGGAGGAGUGGCUGCUGGGAGUUAUCUUUUUAAUGUAGAAAGUUAAUGCCUGAAAUAUUGCUUCCAGAAAACUUUGCAUGAAAAUAUAUUAUUGGAGCAAAAAAUCAACACUGCACAGUUAAUAAGGAGGAGCAGAGAACACAGAUUUAAAGCAAAAUAAUAAUCAGAGCUAACUGUAACUCAACACACAUAUUGUUACUAGCAAGUGAGUGCCUGGAGUGCCCCUUUAAAUUGAUUUUUGUUAUUAUUGGCAUUUCUAUAAAGAUGACAUUCUGCAACGCUUUAAAAUAUCAGUGUUUGAGUAAUACAGCAUAUAAGAAAAUAUUAAAAGUAUAAACAAUGUGUUAUUGACAACCUUGCUUAAAAGAGCUUACAAUAUGGUGAAUUUGUAGGCCCUCACUCUGAUUAAAAGCCUGCUAACGAUUUUUUUCAUAAAACGAAGUGAUAUCUACAAAACAUAUGUUUACCAAUUCCAUAGUUUUAGUGUGCAUUUUAUUUUUAGAUUUAAGUUUAUUAGGCAGUUCAGUUAGUACUUUUGUUGGGGUGAAGAGGGUUUAUUUAAAAAUAUAUUUUAGAGGAAAGCUAGCUAUUGAAGACCAUAAAAUACACAAAGUCUGUGUUACUAGAUAAGGAUAUAAAAAUUGCAUUUUUUUAAAAUUUCUUUUUAGGAAUGGUGGCUAAAUAGGUGAAAGGUUUUAGAGGGCCUUGAGUGACAUUUUUGCAAAUUCGAGGAACCAAAGUGAAAAAAGUAAUGCAUCAUAUGUCACGGGUAGAGAUGUUGCGAACUUCCCGCGAACAGCUCGCCGCGGUUCGCCCCGAACCGUUCGUGGCGAGCUCCGGUCAGCUGACACAUCCCGGCCAAUCUCCAGCAGACCCUCCCUCCCUCCCGGGAAGUUUGCGAACGGUUUGUGACAUCUCUAGUCACGGGGUGAAAUGAUUUAUAAUAAAUAUUAUUUUUUUUUAACAAUUAGAAACAAUAUUUUAAAAAUGGUUGCAAAAAGUUAGUGUUGUGGAAAUAAGGUAUACACAUAUUUCCUAGUUAGUAAAAAAAAAUGUCUAUUUACUCAUUUCACGAUAUAUUACAUAAGAAUUAUGCACAUAUGUUCUAAUCAAGAUGGCUGCUAGAAGCUUCUAACCCCUCCUCCCCCUCCCCUUAACACCGACUAACUACCUCGUGCAGCAAAAUGGCGCCGAGAAAACGGGGGAGACCCUCAUGGUCCCGGUGACAUCACCCUUAGUAGGCAGAGCAUUAGGAAGACCACUUAACACCUAACCAAUUAUUGAUGUAUUAUUCCAUGUUAUCUCUGACAAUGCUUAUGAUGUAAUUUUGCUUUAAAAAGGGACCUGCCGUCCCCUCUGAAUAAACUUUCCUCAAGUUAUUCAACAACCUGGAACCUGUGUCUGGUGUGAAUUACUUCAGGGAGCGUGCACGCAUUGUUUCAUCAAUUUGGCCAGGGGCAGAUACACAAAGAAAUAAUCAAUUCAUUGAUUGAUUUUUCCAUUUCAGUUAGAAGUGACAGAUAUGGUUUAUGGUGCCCAACUUCAUUAUUCACCUUCAUUUAAAGGUUAAAUUGAAAAGCCUUCUACUUGAAAUUUCUCUUUACUGACCAUCGAUAAUACAAUUGGAUAGUGUUACUUGGCUUGUAUUGAUGGUAGUAAAUCUGUCAUACAGAGAUCUUUGGGGAUUAAUGAUGUAGACCAGUCCUGGUGAUCUUCAGUGCCAUUGAGAAAGAAGUGUUAAUCUCUAAACCUUUUUACAGGGACAGACAGUACACUUUUUUUUUCUGUCUAACUUUUUGCAAGCAUUCAGUUCUGAUUUAACAUCUAUGUAUGUGGUGUGAUAUUUUAAUUAGUUUUACUAAAUGUGUAUUUUCGGCUCUGGAUUGCUCUCCUCCAGCGACGUCCCGCUAAUGGAGCUUCUCAGUAGGAAAACAUUGCAUCAAUGGGGAAAUGUGACGACUGUGUACAUCCUCUUUUCAAACUUCGUUUCAGAGUUAAACUCUCUGGAAAGUCAGAAAGAGCCUCCAGUAGCUGUUUCUAAGCAUUGCAGUUUCUUUAAAAAGUUUAGAGGACAGGGGCACUUCUUCCAGGCCUGUGUUACUAGAUAAGAUGAAGUAGUCUGGGUACCUGUUGUAUCCCUUUAAAUGAACACUAUAGGCAACAAAACCUGUUUUUCUUAAUGAAGCAGUUUUGAUGUAUAAAUCAUGCCCUUGCAGUCUCACUGUUUACUUCUGUCAUUUAGGCUUAAAUCACUUUGUUUAUACAGCCUUCCUAAGCACUUCCUGAAAAGUAAGCGAGAUGUUUUAGGUUCCUGUAUUGCACAGUCUUUUUAAUGUCAAAAGUAUCUACUGCUCUAUUAAUAGCCUCCUGUGUGUGUGUGAUUAAAGUGCAAUGUAUAGAGAAGGAGAUAAAAAAAACAUCUAAAGCAAGUUCCUUUCUGACUGAAAACUUCUUACGCAAGUACCCCCUCUGAUUAAAAAUGAAACCAUUUUUUUUCCAUGCAGGCCAGGGCAUGCGUGACUUUUGAUUCAUAAACCGUAAAAGUGAUUUACGUCCUAAAUGACAGAGAAUUGAGCAGUGAGAAAGCACUAAUACUGCUUCAUUAAGCGAAGGUUGUUCUGAUGCCUAUAGUAUCCCUUUAAGGAAAAAUAACUAAGGUGAAAAAUUGUCUAAGUCAUAUAUGCUUCUAGUUUGAUUCAUUUGGGCUUUACAUUCUGAAAUCACUUUUAAUUCCCACUUAAGUAAACAACGCUGUGUGUGAAUGUUUAAACGGUCAUAAAAUCACAAAUGCAUGCAAUUUCUCACAUAAACUAAUCUGAAAGACAUUCACUAACUAUCUUUAAAGGGAAAUAAGUUUAAAUUGGAUGUCCUAAAUUAUGGUCUUGAAGAAGAAAACCAUGAAUAAAUAGUAAUUAACAUAUGAAGGCUUGUAAUCCUGGUUAUGGGUCCUCAAUGUGCAUGCUACUUAUGGAAGCCUUCCAGGUCAUAAGCACAUGUACGGGAUUUGAUGCCAAAGACCCAUUGCGCAGAGAUGGCUAUAUGUGUUACUGCAGAUAAUGUUUUAAAUUUCUGAAAAAUCCAGCCUUUCAAUAUUCUAUUUUGUCCACAAACUCCUGGGGUAUCUGUGCUGGUUGUCACAAAUUAAAUAUUUUAUUUUUCACCUGUAAUACUUUAACUUUUCUGCAUAGAGCACAUAAGGAAUAUUUUAUUCUUCAAAAAGUAUCCCUCCCCUCUAAGAUUUUUGUACAGUUCUGUUGUUCACUGAAAGUGGUCAACAAAAGUGUUCUUUAUUUCAACUUAGAACGCUUCCCCUUUGGUGACACGCUAUCUAAACUGAUGCUGCUAUUUGUAAAGAUGCAUUGAAGAUCACAUUCCAGUACCGCAGUAUAAUAUGUAUUUGUAUAGCAAUUGGCAUUAUGUGAACCCAGAUCUGGAACCUAUGGAAGUAAAGUAAUUUUAUUUUAUUUUUAUUUUUUUUGUUACUGGAGUCCAGACAUAUACUAAAUAAAGGAAAAAAGAAUCAACAAAGAUUCACUAAGAUGCAAAAAGCAGUUUGGGUGAGACAUAGAACAAAAAAAAAAAAAAAAUCGACCUCCAGAACCCCCCUCAAACGCAUUUUGUGCCCUUACAGCUUUUACUCAAAUGACCACAUAUUUAUCGCAUGUGCCCACCUAUGCUGACCUCCAGUUAAUUUUCCCAUGCACAUGAAGAAAACAGAAAAGCAGAUAACAAAUUAUCAAAACCUAGACCAAUUUUGUUUUUUAGAUUUGUGAUUCUCUAUCAUUUGAUGUAAUGCAAUUCACAUACAAACAUGCCUUUCUAAUACUGAUCAUUCUCAAAUAGUUGUUUGUUCAAUGCAGUUAAUGUAUGCAUUUUUCCGGACAGGUUUUGGAAGCACAGAGAAGACACCAAAAAGAAAAAUCUGGAAUUAUUCCUACCUCACCGACUCCAUACACUUACAACAAGGUAAACCCAUGAUCGCUCUGCAAUUAAAGCCAGCAACUCAUAAAGUGUUUGCAUAAUGACUCUGUAAUAUCAAGGUCACUAAAUCAUAUUCCUGCAUUGUGGGCAGAAUGAAUGUUAUUACCUUUAUUGGUGUUCUAAUAAAAUAUAAAAAUCUUCACCAAUAUCUGAAACUCUUUUCAACUUGUUCUUGGUGUAGUUGAAAAUGAUCCCUGCGAAGCAGCUCUUCUGUUUAACAAGGAAGGUUAUGGCACUCCAUGUGCCAUAACCACUGCUAUACUGUUGUGGUUAUGAUACUUAGUGUUCCUUUAAAGCAAUCAGGCCUUUGUGUUGGGCAUAUUGACUAUAUCAGACGAGAACUACAAAUCAUUAAUAUUUAGAGUUGUAAUGCAACAUGGAUACCAUCCUGUAAAGUGGAGCUGAAAAAAGUUAAUUUUAAACACCAAUUCUCAAACCAUAAAUUGGGGAAGAUUUCAGUCUGACACAGGAGGAUGUCUCAACUGAUACAAAGAAUUAUUUUUCUUCCCUAGAUGAUUUUUUUUUUUUUAAAUUUAACCAGAAAACUCUGUCGAAAAUAGCGUGGUAGAAUUAUAUUACCUAGCAUUUAAGGUAUAAGGUUUUAUAUAAGAAUUAUACUAAAGAUUCAGUUAUUGAAGAAUAAAUUGUAUUGAUAUGAUUUUGCUUUAUCAAAUAUCUUUUGUUUUCAUCAUAAUUCAAUAUUUCCUAUAUCAUGCGCAUGAUAGCCAGUAUGACAUUUUUUAUAUAUAUUGAAUUGAUUGCAUCUGUAUAAUCUUGAGCAUGUGUGUUCCCAGCAUGAAAGGGUUAAAUUAACAUUUGCUAUUUUACUGCAGAUUCCAAUAAUACAUCCAUCCUGCAAUAAUGAAUGAGGUGUCUAAAAGGAACAGAGUGUAGAAAGUAUAAUAAUGAAGGGAAUUGCUAAAGGAGAGCCCAAAAUUAUGAAAUAGAACAGACUAAAACCAAUUCUGGUGCCACUGUACUUUCAAGGUUAAGCUGAUUUUGGUGUGAUUAAGAUCUGAAAAAUAAUUACACAAUUUAAAAUCGGGCAUGGCCUGUUAUCUUUCCCUUUUCAUUUUAAAAUGAUAUUUUUCAUUUUACUGUCAAAGUUGCGUGUGUGUUUUUUCCAUAUAUGUGAAAUUAGAAUACCCCUACCAUAGUAGAUAACAUUUUGUGUGUAUAUCUGUGAUUUGACACACUAUAGCUAAAUAUAAAAAAAAAUACUCUUCCGACUGAUUACCUGGGCAACAACCCAGUACAAGUUUUUUUUAAAUGAGACUCUGUACUUCUGAAACCAUACAGUAAUUGUAAUAUUUUUCUGUCAAGUAAAUAGCAUGUUUGUAACCAAUAAAAAUUGGUAUUUGUAACCAAUAAAAAUUGUGUGUUUCACAUGUUGCUUAGAUGUUCGUGGAACCUGCGAGUUCCACAAUUUCUCAUUUAACUGAUACAGACCUGCAUACUACUCUCUUAUGGAUUGUGUCCUAUACAAAAAAAAAACGCAGGAGGGUUCUCUUGCCGAAGUAAAGAUACAACAAAAAAAUACACACAUCAGUUUGUAACAUGGCUUUUACGUAAAGCGAGACUCUGGACAGUUUAACCACUUCAUCUCAUUGAAGUUGUUAUGGUUCCUUCAGUCCCAUGGUGCUGUUACAUUGUUCUGUGUUAAACCAUUUUCCAAUGAUAUGACGCAGAAUGCGAGUCCUCAAGAACCCGCAGCCCAGCCCCUCUCUGCUGCUAAGGCUGAUGCUUCUGUAUUAGCCUGAACACUGACUAAUAGUAUCAGGGGAUCGUUCUUGUCAGUCGCUGCGCUCUGGUAUGAAUUGUUAUUGCUAAUCUGGAGUUAUACUCCACAUCAGACAUACAUUCUUGAGGGUGCAGAGCCGUGGUCACCUAGGAAACUCAUUCAGCGUCAAACUGAGACGGCGCCAGAUGACUCCAGGCACCAUAACCACUUUAAUUAUGGUGUCUAGAAGUGCCUCUUUAAAUGCCCUCUUAUCUCUUCUGUCUAUUGCUGCAGACUCCUUAUUAAAAUUAUAUUCUCUUAAAAUUUCUAGGGGUUUUUAUUUUGUACACGCAAAUUCAUGUCAAGUGUGUGUUUUGCAAACUAGCCAUAUAAUUACUUCUGCUGAUCUCUAGUCAUGUUGAUCCCCAAUAUGUUCAUUAAGCUGUGGUUUUCCUCUCUGUCAGAGCUGUGACUUGUGGUCGCUGGGUGUAAUUAUCUACGUGAUGCUCUGUGGUUAUCCACCUUUUUACUCUAAGCACCACAGCCGAACAAUCCCAAAAGAUAUGCGGAAGAAAAUCAUGACUGGAAGCUUUGAGUUUCCAGAGGAAGAAUGGAGUCAGAUCUCUGAAAUGGCAAAAGACAUUGUCAGGAAGUGAGUAAAGCUAUUACUUGACUAUUUUUAUUUAUUUAAAGGAAAUUGUCCUCCAUAUCAACAAUGAAUCUAGAUGUGUAGGCUGCUGAACAUGAACAUGGAAACAUUUAGGAUUCCUCUUUACAGAUACGGGCAAACAGAAGCAAAGUAUUGCAUGUUCGAAUACCAGUUCCAUGCCUUACUAUAUGGAUUGCAGUUUUAUUUUGGAGCUUUUUAACAAGUUAAUGACCAAACAUUUUCUAUAAUAAACUAACGGCAGUUCCAUGUCAUUUAUUUCUUUAUAAAAUAUUUAAACUGGAUGGAUACAUUGAGAUUUCUCGUUUUCAAGGUCUUUGUCCACUAUACAUUGCAUUGUUAGUGGACAAUAUAAAUUUAAUAAUUUAACAGGUAAUAAAUAUAUUUAACCAUGACAGGUGCAUUCUGUGCUCAGGUAUAUUGCCAUAGAUCUCUUAAAAGAUUUUAGAUUGAAUGAAGAUCUGACUGAGGUUAUUCUAUAAUUGCGGUGCUCUGUAGGAAAAUGAGGAUCGAGCCACUUUAAUUUUGUAUUGCGGUAUGUUAAAUAUCGUGCUAGUACUGGAUUGGAGGUUAUAGGAGGUGGGAACAGCUGGGGAGAGCAUUCUAAUUAGGUAGGGUGGGUGCUUCCCAGAAAUGCUCUUAAGGACAAGGCUGGAAAGAUGAAGAGUGCUUUGGGAUUCCAGCGACAGCCAGUUUAGCUCUUUUAACAUGUUACAGUGGAGGGUAAAGUAAUUACAUUCUAGUAUAAAGCGGCAAAACAAAUUAUAAAACGUAUUACGUUUAUUAAGGUGGGUUUGCUGUGUGGGUGCAUACACUACAUCUCCAUAACCAAUGACCGGCAUUAGCAUUUGUUUCUGUACAGGGCACCUAGUUUUGGGUAAAGUUUUGAAGAGUUUUUUUUCAAUCUGAAGGCCAAAGGAUAGAUUGGGGUCUAACAACAUACCUAGAUAUUUGAAAGCGCAAACUGCUGUCAGUGUGCUAUUUGAAUUUUUUCUGAUACACAAUUGUUGAUUUUGUAGUUUACAUAAUUUAGGUAUAGUUCCAAAGAUCAUUGUAACGGUUUUGUCAGUGUUUAGGAAGAGUUUGUUUUCCGCUAUCCACUUUUCUACCUCUGUGAAUUGGUUUUGGAGCACAGCCUCAAGCUGCGGUAGCUUGGGUUUACUAGCGUAGAUUAGUGUCGUCUGCAUACAUGUAUUGUGUUGGGGAAAUCACACAUUUACAACUUUUUUGUCUUCUAGUUAGAGUGCAAGUUUUGCUUUAAAAUGUAGCUUUUGCAACUAACACCUGACCUGUAUACCAAUCUAUAUCUGAUGGAUUUAUUUAGCCAAUCUAUAUUAACUGGUUUGCACCUGCUAAUUUUAUCUUUGUCGUGGAAUUCACAUUGAUUUAAGAAUAUGUAGAUCAUUUCUCAAUGCCUUGACAUUUUGUCAAUGUUUAGCUGAUUUUGUAAAAGCUGAGUUGCAAAAAAAUGCAUGAUUAAAAAGGAGUCUUUGAUUUUAGCUUGUGCUACAUUUACCACUAUGCAGCUUUGUGUGUGCUAACCGCUCCAUUGGAAUUUGUAUGUGAAGCUUUUUAACCAUUCUAGACUAUACAUUCCAGAACAAAGUGCUCUUUAUGGAGGAAUUAAUAUAGAUUAUUCUGGUUACCAUGCUGGAUACACAUAAUUCAGAACUUUGCUCCAGUUAAUGUCUUCAUAAAUAAGGCCAACUGUGUUUACGUACCACUUAGAAAUAUAGGGAAUGAUGAUGUCUCUCCCUCCUCUACAUUACUUACGUAGUUUGAAAAGAGACAUGUGCCCAUAGAGUUAAGCAUUUCUCACAUCUGUUUUUGUUAUUGAUCCAAAAGAAGGCAAAAAAAAAAAAAAACCUGUUUGAAGCGCUUCCAAUUUUGCAACAAACUAGGAAAAAGUUCCUUGUUGACCCCAGAAUGGCAGUCAGAUCUCUCCUUGGGUCAAGAAGCUGUUACCCCACAAAUUAAAAAGUAUAUCCCUGAAUAUUAUAUUUUUGCAAGUAUUCAUCCAAUUGCUGUUUAAAAAUCUGUACAGACUCUGGGGGGAAAAAAAACACACUAUUAAAAAUGUUUAAUGAGUGUUAUGCCACCUGCAUUAAAGAAAUGUUUUACCGGCUAGAUUUAGUCCAUAUCAAAUUGAUUGGACUUCUUUAAGGGAUGCUAUCUUUUUAAAGAAGCCCUAGAUCUGUGAGCCUUACUAUACUUAUUGGCAUAGGAGUAAUUUGUACAUGUUUGGAAGUUCUACCUUUUCUCUGGAUACUAUAUACCUGUUUUAUUUCUCGUACAGACUGCUGAAGGUGAAGCCAGAGGAGCGACUCACUAUUGAAGGAGUUCUAGAACACCCUUGGCUGAACUCUACCGAAGCUCUGGAUAAUAUCUUACCAUCUGCACAGAUGAUGAUGGACAAGGUUUUAACACGUUUUAAUCUACGAUCUGUGACACUACCAAGAUAAUAGUGAAAUAUACUUGCAUUUCUAAUUUGACUUUGAUGUUUUCAGAGAGCACACAUCAUUUUUUAUUUAUUUAUUUGAAACUCUGUUUUAUUGGUGUCACACAUUGUUCAUCAUUGGCGCCUGCUUGCCGGGGUACAGAAUAGAAGGGUUGUGCAGGAACAUUUUGUUACAUAUUGGGGAUAUACACAGUUUAUGUUGUACGUUCCUUUUACUUCUUUACAGUUACUCUCUUUGCUCUCUUAACCCCCCUUAACUAUGCUCCUUGCCUGUCUGUCCCUUUCCCUGUAUCUGUGGUGGAUCUGGUGUUUCUGCUUGUUUAGCGUGUGCUCGUUCAGCCCUUACGGGUUUCUUUCCCCGUUUUUUUUCCUCUCCCGCGUUUAGUGAGCUGUUGUUGCCUUCCCUGCCUAACUGUUAUGUGUUUGCUUUUCCAUAUAUUUGUACCAGCUCUCUCCCGCUUUCUUUGUGUUUCCUCGUCAUUAUGUGUUUGUCUGCCAUCAACUCAUAUUUCCAGUUUAGGGUGAUUUGGUCCAGUAGGGCCCUCCCUCUUGGGUGCCUGUGGUGUUUUCCAUGCUCUAGCUAUGAGCGUCCCUGCAGCUCUUAAUAGGUGGAAGAGCAGUCCCUUUUCUGUUUUAUGUAGUGUGGUAGGUAGCAUGAAUAGGAUGCAUUGUUUGAUAUUGCGUGGCCAAGGCCUGUCCAGCAAAUCUCCUGCUAUUGUUUCCACUUCUUUCCAGAAUGGUCAGAUUUUAGGACAUGCCCACCAUAUGUGCCCCAUUGAGCCCCCCUCUUGCCCACAUCUCCAACAUAUGUUGUUUGACCCUGGAUACAUUGUGGCUAGUUUCUCUGGAACUAAGUACCACCUGUAUUGCUGCUUUCGUAAGAUCUCUCGGUGAGUGGUACAUAGCGUGUUCCCUAAAUGCCUCUUGCUACUCGUCUGUCUCUAGCUCGGGCCCCAGUUCUUUGUGCCAUGCCUUUUGAAAUGUCAUGGUUGGUUCUGUUUCUAGGUCUAGGAGGGCCGUGUAUAUUUUAGAAAGUAUUUUCUUAGGAGGUUUGCCUGAUAGGCAGAGGUUUUCAACCAUAUGUGUGUAAGGGGUCUCUUGGUUUUGUAUAUUUACUCCUGUCAGUAGCGACCUUAUUUGCAGAUGAGAGAAUAUUGCCCUAUUUGGUAUUUUGUACAUUUUUUGGAAGUCUGGAAAGGGUAUCAACCCCCUGUUUUUGUAUAGGUGGUUAAUUGUUAGGCAUCCUGCCUCCUUCCAGGGUUGGGAUACCCAUCGCUAAGCAUGAUAGCGGAGCGUCCUUAUGUAUUUCCAAUGGGUCCCUUCCUCUCUCCCUCAUGCCGUCCCAGUGUUUCAGUGUUAGGGCUGUGGUUGGUAGUGGGUGUAAGGUUUGCGAGUGUAGCGGUCUGGGAAGCCAGAACAGAUCAUCCAGCCUCCGUCUGCCCAUCCAGUGGGCUUCUAUCUGUGUCCACUGUAACGUCUCCCCAUCCGCCGUGGCGGCCUUGACCACUGCCAAUUGUGCUGCUUUGUAGUAGGCUCUUGUGCUUGGGAGUCUCAGUCCUCCCCUCGCCACUGGUUGUUGCAAGAUUGUGGCUGCCACCCUUGGAUUUUUGUUUGCCUAUAUAAAAUGAGUGAACAGUCUCUGUAAUGAGUCUAGGUAGGUUUUGGGUAAUGUUAUGGGUAGGGUAAGUAGCAGGUAUUGGAAUUUUGGGAGCAGCAUCAUUGUUAUCACUGUUAUCCUUCCCACCACAGAUGGGUAUUUCCCCUCCCAGGUGGUUAGUGUGGUGGCAAUCUCUUUCAUUAGUGUGAUGUAAUUUUUGUCUAUUAGUUUGCCUAGGUUAGGUGGUAUUUUAAUUCCUAGGAAUCUCAGGUGGUCGGUCCUCCAGUCAAAGGAGAAUGCUGCUCUAAGUCUGUCUAAUGUUUCUGUUUGUAUCCCAAUUCCUAUAGCCUGUGUUUUCAAUAUGUUUAGCUUGUAGUAAGAAUGUUUCCCAUACUCUAGGAUGGUGGUCAUCAGGUUGGGCAGAGAUAUGUGUGGUUAUGUCAACGUUAGCAGGAUAUCAUCAGCGAAAAGGUUCGCUUUGUACUCUGUCGCCCAGCCGCAACCCAUGAAUUGAUGUGUGUUGCCUAAUGGCUGCUGCUAGUGGCUCUAGGGCCAUUACGUAUAACAGGGGCGAUAGGGGGCAUCCCUGUCUGGAUCCGUUAGUGAUGGUAAAGGGAUCUGAGACAAAUCCUGCAUUUACCACUAAAGCUGAUGGCGUGUUAUAUAAAGUGCCCUGACCGCCGAGAGGAAGCCUUACGGAGCCCCAAACUUGAUGAGGACCUGUUCCAGGAACUCGCAUCCCAGCCAGUCGAAGGCCUUCUCCGCUUCGAGGGAUACCAUCACGCAUCCCAUUUUCAUGCGUUGGGUGCUAUAUAUAAUGUCCAAUACCUUCCUAGUGUUGUCUCCUCCCUUUAUAAAUUUAUAAAUCCUGCCUGAUCUGUGUGGAUGAUGGGAGGAUGUUUCCAAGGCGUGUUGCAUUGAUUUUUGCAUAUAGCUUGGCGUCCGUGUUUAACAAGGAGAUGGGGCGGAAGUUUUGUGGGCAGGUGGGUGGCUUUCCCGGUUUCGGGAGCGUGAUGAUGUGGGCCAUUAAGGUUUCAGAUGGCAGUCGCUGCAGGAUCGUGGCUUUGUUAAAGGCCUUGGUUAGGUGUGGUGCUAAAAUGGUAUGAAACUUUUUGUAGUAGCAAUUGGUGAUGCUGUCUGGGCCUGGCGAUUUGCCUGGUGGUAAGUUUUGGAUGGCUGUCAUCACCUCCUCUUGGGUGAUGGUGGCAGUCAGACUUUGUUGUUGCAGUGGCGUAAGGGUGGGGAGCGGGAUCGCGCGUAAGUAUCGUCGUAUGGCUUGUGGUUGGUGUGUUUUGAGCGUCCUUUGCAAGGUUAUAUAGGGAGGUGUAAUAGAGCACUUUUAAUACAUUUUACAUGUAGCCAUGUAAAAAGCUGAUUCUUCAGUUGGCCCUAUAAUAAACUAGACAGUGUUGCAUUAUUAAAGGACCACUAUAGGCACCCAGACCACUUCAGCUUAAUGAAGUGGUCUGGGUGCCAGGUCCAGCUAGGAUUAACCCUUUUUUCUGUAAAUUUAGCAGUUUCAGAGAAACUGCUAUGUUUACAAAUGGGUUAAUCCAGCCUCUAGUGGCUGUCAUUGGCCGACAUUGACAGCCGCUGACAGCCGCUAGUGGACUUCCGUGAUUCUCACUGUGAUUUUCACAGUGAGAAGACGCCAGCGUCCAUAGGAAAGCAUUGAUAAUGCUUUCCUAUGGACUGGCUGAAUGCGCGCACGGCUCUUGCUGUGCAUGCGCAUUCAGCCGGUGACAGAAGAGGGAGGAGGAGGAGAGCUCCCCGCCCGGCGCUGGAGAAAAAGGUAAGUUUAACUCCUUCCACCCCCUAGAGCUUGUCGGGAGUGGGACCCUGAGGGUGGGGACACCCUCAGGGCACUAUAGUGCCAGGAAAACGAAUAUGUUUUCCUGGCACUAUAGUGGUCCUUUAAUACAGGUAAUGCUUUAUCAAUGCACAUGUGGUUGAGAGUGCUACAAAACUGACUUCUAUUUAAUGUCUUAAUCAUACCUAUAUUCUUUUAUGACAACUUUUCUUUUAUUUUUAUUUUUUUAUGAGCAUGCUUUAUAAAAUAACAGCAGGUUUCAUUAUUUAGUUGUAGUGUAAUACAGUUUCUAUUGCUUCAUCCAGGUCAUUUAUUUUUCUAUUCUUAGAAAUAGGCCUCCUCAGUGAGGUUCAACUGUAUUCCUCCUCAGCACAACAAGCAAGGGAUCCAUGUAUAUUUUUGUGUACAUGUUAUCAAAUCAGCCCAGUUUUAUCUCUGUCCAGACAUGGAUCCCCUGCCUACAGUUCCUAGAGAAUUUUGCCUGUGCCUCACUGAUGAGAUCUCUGAUAAUCUGAAACCGAUGUUUGGUGUUGCUGUAUCCCUCAACCCAGCAUUUGAGGUUAUGGAAUCACCCAUGUGGAAUAUGCCUCUGUUAAUUUCUGUGCUGUAAGAGUACUAGUUUAGCAAAAAAAAAAAAUUCCUGUAGUGGUGAUGAUGCCCCCCUAGGCCUAUCCGUGAAGCUGUCUAUGCUGUGAGAUUUUGUCACUAUUUACACUGAUGUUUAAUAUUGUUCUACCCCUUUCAUUUCCCCUUCAAGUACACUAUGUACAGAAGUGAACAUUGCAUACUUUGCAUAUACAGCUGCAGUGAGCAAUAGGUUCUUAUGAGAUCUGGAUUUGAGGUUUCUAAGUGGAUUAUUGACUAAACCGUCCACCUGUCUAUGUUCCACGCUUUACUUUACCUGAUUUUAUUUUUCUCUAUUUUAUGCCCGCUGGCAUAGAGAUUUAUAGCUGACAUAACUUUAAAUCAGGGGUGGAAUUUCUAUUGUCCGUGGGGCUCUGGGUAAUGGGCAGGCAGAUGCUUUUAGCCAUGCUACAGCAGGACGUCUGCAAGGGCUGCCCAGAAGAGGUCAGGGCUAGUACAGGCCACUGUAAUUGCUCCCUCACACUCCAGGCUCUUACUAAUAAGUUGGGAGUGCAGGCUGGGGCUCCUAGCAGCUGCGCUCAGACUCGCUGAGCAAGAGGGAGUGAUUUCUGUGGUCUGCACCUACCAGAGGUACUGACCACACUUGACCAACAGAGAAUAUAACCAGCAGUGGUGAACUAGAGACCAUAGACCCUGUACCUGCAGAAAGCUAAGUAGAAGGGGGCUAAAACACCACACCCACUAGGGGAAGACCACAGAAGGAUAGACUAUGGCGGGCAGAGGGUGAGACACUGUGGGUUAUUCACUAGAAUCCUAUACUCUCUAAAUGUAGCAAAUGUAUUCCAAAAGAAAAAAAAAACUGAGGCAAAACAUUGAUUAUAAAUGAUUGGAAAAUUCUUCCAGAUCAGAUUUUUUUUUUUUUUUUAUUCCAUUUUUUCAUUCAUAAUUAAUUUGUGAAAAUCGGAGCUUAGGGAAUAAUGAUGUUAAUGUCCCAGAUUCAGGCAUGUGCCCUAAUCUGAAAUUAUUUUGUGUGUCAGAACAAGUAGAUUGGACUUUAGUAACUUAGACAAGUAGAUUUUUAAAAAAAAAAUAGUUAAUAUAAUUUAGUGCGUUCAAUCUAUAAGUGGGGCACUAUGUAUGAAGGAAUUGUGUAAAAAUGUCAUUCCAAACUCAGUAGCUACUUUCAUUUUUGUUGUAUAUUAAAGGACCAAAUAAACGGUUAUUUCUCGUUUUAGGCAGUGGUUGCUGGCAUUCAACAGGCCCAUGCGGAACAGCUUGCCAACAUGAGAAUACAAGAUCUUAAAGUCAACCUGAAACCUUUGAAUGUUGUCAACAAUCCCAUUCUGCGCAAGAGAAAACUACUAGGGUAACUUUUCCUGAGCUGGUCUUUCUUUGUUUCCAAGUGGUCUUCUUUUGCAUGUGUUAGAAUUUAGCAUUUUUAUUAUAUGAAAUGGUAAGAAGCCGUUAGAUCCAUUCCAUUUACAGUCAUAUAUUCUAUAGUCAGACAUACUCAAAAAAAUUCCCCUAUUAGCUAGUAUUCUCAAAGGCUUUACUCGUUCUUCAGGUGAACAUGGGCUUUCAGCACGAUACUGUAAUACCUCUGCACCAAUACUAUUGGUUUCUACUAUCCGCUGAUCUAAACCGUUCACAAUCUCUGCAAGGUUUGAGCUGCCUAGUUUAGCACACAGUGCACAGUAAUGAAUAACUAUUUUUGUAUGACCGUUGAUAGUCUGUUCCAGUAGAGACCUCAGCUUUUCCUUUACAAUAUCACAGAAUUAUAUUGGAUUACUAAUGAUUAGGUAAGUACUAUUUUCGUACUAUUAGCGUACUUUGGAUUUGUUUUGUAUUUCUUAGGUCUAUUGGUAUUGUGCAUUUACAACAUUGUAAUUUUAUAUCCACACCAUUGGGACCUCCAAUAGCACCAAAGCACCUUCCAUAGCUGCUAGAUUUAAACGGUUUAAUCAAGGAACUAGUACUCGAUGGGCUAAACAUUGCCUAUCCGAUGUACUGACAUGAAGGGUUUGUCUAUCGUGCUGUAUUGGAUCCUCCUCUUCUCCUGAUAUUACUUAUUGACUUGGGCUGAAUAUCAUCUUGAUAAGUAAGGUUAUUUUUUGAGUUGGAUUGUGUUCCUUAACUUUUUGGUUACAAUCAAUAUGGAAUUCCUAAAAUGUUGACGUAAUAAAUUUUGAAGUGCAAUUUAUAGAGGAGUACAUAUUAUUCUACUUAUGGUGUGUACCUCCAAGCUUAAAUCAGGGUUUUUUGAUUUAUCAAAAUAAAUAUCUGUAAGCUGGUCCAUACGGAUGUAUGUUUCAUAUAAAUCAAUCACAGAUGUCAAAAAUCAUUGAACAGUCUGUGCACAUGUGCAAAUUUCUGUAUUCACUCAGAAAAAUGCACGUGUAUGCUUGCUAAGAAAUGAAAGCUGCCAUUGUUUGUCCUUUAAACAUUUCAAUGGUAGUCGUGACCAAAUUGUACAUUUCUGCUCUUCUCCAGUCACUGGAGGUUAUUUUGAUUGGUUAAAAUGCUGGGUAUUUAUAGGUUAUAGGUUUUUUUUUGUAAUUUAAAAUAGACCUUGAUUUUUCCUUUUCCUACUCGAAUAUCAUAGGUGAAUGGGAGGAACUAAAAUGAGCAGACUAUUAUAUUCCUGGAAGCUUACCUCUAGAGAUCAGAUAGCAGGUUUUAUAUAUGGUGAAAUUGAUUAAUCUAACUUUUAUAGUCUAGAAGUGGAGAGGAAUUUUACUAUAAGAUUGUAGGACACCAUAAAUUAACAUAGAGAAAGAUGAAGAAUUACAAUAGGAGACAUUAAGAUAGAGUACAUCUCAGAGCUAGAGGGUAGUGCUUUUUAUCCGACAUUAAAGGGACACUGUACGCACCCAGACCACUUCAGCUAAUUGAAAUUGUCGGGGUGCUGUGACCCUUUUGCACUUAGUGCCGCAAUGUUUACAUUGCAGCUUGAAGUCUGUCCUCUGUGACUGUCUAACAGACAGCCACUAGAGGGCUUCCAGAAUCCAAACAGACUUUUGGUCCGUUAUCUGAUGCUGGACGUCCUCACGGAACUCCAGCGUCAGAUUUUCCCCACAGGAAAGUAUUGAUAAAUGCUUUCCUAUGGGGGUAGUCUAAUGCACGUGCUCCCAUUGUCGCGCAUGCACAUUAGGUCACUCCCGCCGGCUGUUGUCGGCGAGGGAGGAGCCUGACCCGGCAUGGAGGGACAUUGGUGCUGGAUUCAGGUAAGUGGCUUAAGGCAUUUUUUAACCCCUUAAGCCCCGAGGGAGGGGGGCACUCCGGGAGCCUAUAGUUCCAGGAAAACAGGUUUGUUUUCCUGACUCUGUAGGAUCCCUUUAAGAAAGCAUACAUUUAUUUAGAAAUAGUUGGGAUUAAAUCUGCAUGUCUGUGUCUUAAAUGGGUCUUCAGGAUGCAUAAGUGGGAUAGCGGCAUUGGCUACCGUACCUUCUACUUACUCAGUUAUAGCUGCAAGAAAUAGAAAUGACUCUCAAAGACAAACUUUUAAGUAGAAUAUUUUAAAAUAAUUGGGAAAUUGUAACUUUAAUAAUGUUGGACAUAGUGAUAAGAUAUUGCCAGGUUUUUUUUUUUGUUUUUUUUUGUAAUUUUUCUUUUUUUUUGUUAAAGUGGUCUCUUAUGAAGUACUUUUUUUUAACUUUUUUUUUUAACAAUUUUUUUUUCUCAGAAUAGAUUUUUGUUGCGAAAACCUCUAUAAUGGCUUCCUCUCUCAAUCAAUCAGCCAAUCAAUCAAAACAACAAAAACAAUAAAUAAAAUUCCCCAUCCCAAAAUGAACGGAUAAUUUGAAUGGUUUGUUCAUUAAACAGAGAGUUGUGAUGAGUUGGCAUCCAACAUGCACAUUCUAGGCUGAAAUAGCAUUUUUAUUUUCCCAUCUCUAUUUUGGCUUGAAUCUUGCACGUCAGGUAUCAACUCCGCACAAAUCACUGCUUAGUGACUAAACCCCCAAGUUUCACAAAACCUCCUCCAUUUCCGAAAUGCAUUGAAUUUUUCCCUUUGAUUGCAGUACAAAGCCGAGGGAUAGUGUUUACAUCCAGGAUCCUGAGAACGGUACUGACGACGCUAAUAUCGCUUUGGAAAAGCUUCGAGAUGUGAUUGCACAGUGUAUACUACCGCAGGCCGGUAAAUUCAGAGGAAGCUAUCUAUUGCUUGUAUAGCAAAAAAUUAAAUAGUUUAAGAAUACAGCUGCUGGUGUAGUCACAUGAUCACUUUCAUUCACGCCAAGAGUGAAAGUCAAAUUCCACUAGGUGCUCCUGUGCCACAAAAGUGAAUUUUCAUUAAUCUACUACUGGUUGCUUUACCUAUUAUCACAUUUGCCUUUUCAGUGUUUUAUUGUAUUGGUGUUUUAAAGAAAUAUCUGGUAAUUGCUUGGGUGAUUUUUGGCUGGCAGAUGCUAGCGAUUUCAAUCCCAGCAGUGGCACUAGUCGCCUCAAGGUGAACUCUGAAUUUAUUUAUAUUAAAACAAGUAUUCUUUUAUAUUGCUGAGAAUAUAUUGAAGCAAAUAUUUAAUUCAUUUUUUUUCAGGCACACUGCUUAUUACAACGUUUUGGUCAGUUUUUUAUUUAUUUAUUUUUUUAAUGUAUAACACUAUACCUUUCUUUCCUCUGCAGCAAGCUAUUGAGUGGCAUGAGCAUAAAUUUCACACAGUCACAAUAGUAAUCUAUAAUGUUUUUGUUAAACUGAAAGUACAGUUAGUUAUGGAAAUAGAUCUGGUUCCAUGUGCCAUUUGGAGAAACAAUUUACAGGGAAUGCAGAGCUGGUUUCUCUGGAAAUCAAAUUUGAAAACAUUUUAUAUUCGCUGCAGAGAGUGGUUUUGUAUGUUUAAUCCCAGCCAAUAAGAUCCCCCAGGUCACCCACUGGAAAGACACAGUAGAGUUCUGUCUUCUGAGCUCUCAGGGUUCUCUAUAAAGAGGUGAGAUUACAUUGGUUUACAUAUUUUGUGCACCCCAUUCAGUCGUUUACUCCAUAGAUGUACUUUACCAUAUAGAGUAAUCCCAUGGAACUCUUUGUUCAAGGAACACCUCUCCUGAUCAACAAGUGUUUCGUUAUUUAUCUUGUCCAAGUCCUAAUGGACGAAUGUGAACUCUUUUGUUUAACAAUAUAUGAACCAGGAAUCACUGUUAGCCUUCUAAUUGGUUUGAAUGCAUUAGGGAAUAAAAUCUAUAUAUCCUCAUAUCUCUCUCUGUUUAACAGAAGAAAAUGAAGAUGAGAAGUUAAAUGAGGUAAUGCUUGAAGCAUGGGAAUUUAAUAAAGACUGCAAAUUAUUGAGAGACGUGCUUCAAAGUUUCAGCUGGAAUGGUAAGAAAUAGGUCAAUAUACUUGUCUAAUGAAAUGAAUAAAAUCUGAAACUCCAUACCAUUAGGGCUCCACAAAACACAUCAGUUUUAAGAAGCAGUGUAGGUACCAUUAACACUAAAUUCCAAUAUAAUGGCACCAUUAACACCAAGUGCCAUUCCCCAAUUCUUGCUCAACCUAGUUUUAAAAGAUUUGACUGAACCUUAUGGUUCCUGAGACACUCGCAACCUGACACCACUUGUUAGAAUUCAUAGGAUUUAACCCACGUAGCCAAUGAAUGGUGUUAAAAUAUUGAGGAAAUUCCUGCAGACCCUUGAUUUAACCCCUUAAGGACCAAACUUCUGGAAUAAAAGAGAAUAAAGACAUGUCACACGUCAUGUGUCCUUAAGGGGUUAAAGGAACACUAUUGGGUCAGAAACACACGUGUUUUCCUGAUCCUAUAGUGUUAAACUAGCUAUUUACCCCCACUGGCCCCUUCUUACCCCCCCUUUAACACUAGUAAAAACUCACCUUAUUUUCAUCCAUCCGACCCACCUCCUUGGCAGACAUCAGAAUUGAUGAUCUCGCGCAAUCAAAAUGUUUUCCCAUAGGAAAGCAUUGGAUUGGCUGAGAUUGUCAAUUAUGAUGAUUUCAGACAAGGAGGCAGCUUGGGGCUGAGCUAAACGACACCCUGGCCAAUCAGCAUCUCCUCAUAGAGAUUUAUUUAUUUAUCAAAUAUUUUACCAGGAAGGAUACAUUGAGAUUUCUCUAAUUUUCAAGUAUGCCCUGGGCCCAUUGAAACAAUGCAUCUCUGUAGGAAAAGUGAACGUGGGCAGCACUGACAAAGGAAGGACCUUUAGUGGCUGUCUUGAGGAGUGCCCACUGGAGAUGUCCCUAGGCUCUAAUGUAAACACUGGCUUAUUUGUGAAAAGGCAGUGUUUAUAUAAAAAAGCCUGGAGGGACUGACUUUACUCACAAGAACUACAUGAAGCUGUAGUUGUUUUGGUGAUUGUGUCCCUUUUCAUUUCAACUGCUCAAAAAUGGCUUGACAAAAAACUAAAGGACUGCGCCCACAGCUUACUUACAUCAGAAGCAUUGAAAGAGUUUGUGGUAUCUAGAGAUUUCCUUUAAAGUGGAAUUCUUACAUCUGAGAUUCACGUGGAUAAUCUGAUAACAAAUACAAAUGUUGGCUUUGGGAGGGGGCUGUAAUCCUCCGAUAUCACCAAGUUCCCCUUCUGCAUUAGAUAUAUCAAGUUUGCCUGUGUUUGAAUGUACUAUUUUUGGUUGAGUAGUAUCACUCGACUUUUUGGGUCGGACUGAGGCAGACUGCAUGAGGGGAUUCCAGGCAACAUAACCACUGCAGUGGACUAUAGUGGUUAUGAAACAUGGAGUGCAACUUUAACCCUACAGUGUUUAACAUAUGAUCAUGCCACUAUUGAAGAAAUGCCUGAGCAUGCCCUCACUCAUACCACAUUUCUCUAAUGCCUGAGUGCAGGUGUCACCCUGCUGCAGAAGUAAGUUUUUGUUGGGGUGUUUACAUUUUUAUUUUAUCUACCUCCCCUAAGUAUUGGCACGAUUAGUGUUUUUAAGUCAUCAGCACAUACCAGAACUAUUUACAUUUAUACAAUGGGAAUAUGUACCAGCAAGUUAUCAAAAGACAAAAUAAUGUCUACGCAUACAAGAGAUUCCUGCUUAAAUGAGCUUACAAUCUAGGAAAUUGAUGUGCAGGUUGAAAUUAUUUGGGUAAUUUUUGAAACCAACAAAAAUGCCAAAAUGUUUACUGUCCACUUUCUAAUAACUUUGAGCCUUAUUUAUUUAUUUAUUUAUUUAUUUUAGGUCGAGGAUUUACUGACAAAGUUGAUCGCCUCAAACUUGCAGAAAUUGUAAAGCAAAUUAUUGAAGAACAAACAAACUCUCAAGAGGACUCUCAGUAGCUAGAGUGGUUUGCAGCCGCCCCCACUUUUUUUUUAUUAUUCUUUUUUUUUUUUUUUUUUAAUCUUUUAAGAUAAACUUAUAUGGUCUUAAGUGUAAAAUAUUUUUAUGUAAAUUAGCACUGAAUUUCAACACUGAUUGAACAUACAAUACAAUUGUUGAUAUAAGUUCAAAAAAGGAAAAAAAUAUUGAUCAUUGGUACUGUAAUUUUAUUUAAAAACUGAUUUGAAGAAUUUAAUAUUAUUUUUUUUAAUUCACACUACUGUACUGUUAGCAUGUACAAGCCUGGCAGGGAAUACACCAUAGCGUAUGGUUUUGUAGAGGCCUAAAAUGUGGGGUGUCUCUCUCUUUUGCCCUUACAUAGCCUGGAGACUGUGUUACACAUAUCGGCAAAUGUAAGGAAGCUGCAUUACACAUAUCUGCAGAUGUUAGCAGUCUAUUUGAUGCUUUCACUGGCCAUUGGGGCCUGUGAUGCAUUGCUGAGCACCUGCUGCAGGCUCUGCUGACUGUCAAAAAAAAAGUUAAUAUACUUGAAAAUAGGCUAUGUAGAAUGUAACUGAUUGGUUACACUGGCAACUAUUUCCUCAGGAAUAUUUGGAAAGAGCACACGCCUUUGAUCUUGUUCACCAGCUGCUCUGAUUAUGUGCCAGUAUUAUUCUGAAGGAAAUAAGACUCUGAAUAUUAUUAAUUUAAAAACCCAUCUCUUUUAACCUUUUUUGUGUUUUAUUUUUUUUAUUAUUAUUAUAAUAUAACCAGUGUUCUAAAGAUCUUUACCAACCUAGUACUUGGAAUUAAGGCAAUUUUUAAACCAGAAAGUGUCGCUGUUUACUACUUGCGGCUGAAGACACAUCUACAGCAAUGCAUUGCAGGCCUGUUUGUAAUGUUACUUUAUUUUUAAAUCAUUUCCUUCUUACUUUCUGCUGCAAAAUCUGAGCUUUAAUAUUUUUUUAUGCAUUCUAGUUUUCUAUUAUCCUUUCUUUUACUCUAAACAUGCAUACGUGGUGUGGGUUAGUGUGCCUGAAUAUGCAGUUGCAUACUGCAGACUAAAGUGCCAAUUUUCUACAAACUAUUAUAGUCUUGUCAGUAUGUUAUGAUUUCAUUACACAUGAUGCAGUAGUUCAGGAUGCCCUGCAUUUUGCAUAGCUGUUUUUCUGCAAGGUGUGAUGCCUGUCAUUCAGUAUACCCCUUGGUGCAGAAAGGUAUGAGUGAACUCACAUUGCAGCUGUAACUCUGCUCCAACGUUUCAGUAAGUAAUUCCUUGUUUGCCAAUAUAUCAGGCUCCUCUUGCAAAGGAAGAGUUAAUAUCUGCUGCUUCAACAUAUCGCUGCUAAAUCAUCUUUAAAACUGUGAACUGUAUGGUCAUGUACAGAGUGCAGUGAUUUAGUAAUUUGCUGGAGUGUUCUCACUCUAAAACAUAAGAGGAGAUUUAUAAAAUGUGACUGUGGAUCAAGGUGCAGAGCAGUUGCUACAGAGUCUGUUAACUACCCUGUUUUCAGAAAUGUCGCCGACAAUGGAACAAUUUUUGUGUUAAUACUUGUUUUAUGUAUGUAUCUCUACCGUAAUGUUAGAUUAAUUCCUUAGAGGUUUGCAAUGGAUUACAGUGGUUGCUUGCUCUGUAAUUUCUUGUUUUACCACUAUAUGAGGCUAUAAUUGUUUAGCUGAUCCCUGCUGUCACGGUGGCCUGCUCAUACUGUACACAAUGACGGCUGUAAUGUAUUUGAAAAUAAGCAAAAACAGAUGAGAUUGAGGUCAAUCAGGACUUUAAGUUACAAUUCUUUAACCCAUUAAGGACACAUCAUGAUUCCCUUCUAUUCCAGAAGUUUGGUCCUUAAGAGGUUAAAAAUUUUGCUAACUUAAUUUGUGCCAAAUAACUUGAGUACCUAGUUCAGUGCGCUAGACAUUAAACAAUUCCCAAAUAAAAGUGUACAUCAAAACAGCAGCGAACCAGCAGAGCUGAUGCACGGUAUCUGUGUAUUUCAAUCUGUCAUUUCAUCAUCAUUAUGUAACGACUGGUUUUUGGAAUGCAAAAUAUUGAUUUACGGUACAGCGCACACAAAAAUAGGUUUUUUUUUUUUUUGUUUUGUUUUUGGGUUUUUUCCUCUCUAUGGUUUUGAAGUUCAGCCAUGGCUCUGUUUUUUUUGUUUUUUUUUCAUUAAUGGAAGGAAAAUGCUUAAUGAAAUUAAGUGACUUAUAACGAACCAUCGAAUGUACGAUUUGCUGGCCAAUCGAGCUCAGAGUCUAGCUCAGUAUAGUUGACCUAUGAGGAGCAUCUGGCUCUAUGCCACAGAAGGAGAAAAGCUAGUGUGUGGCACCCAAUGGACCACAGGUAAGAAGUCAAACUGCUGCCAAACCGUUUGAUUACUUACAUAGAAGUACUCAAGUACACUUAUGGCACUAUAACUACUACAUCACAUUCUAUUGAAUUGUUCUUUUAAGCAUAUGUCACACGUAAUGAACCUGGAAUAGAAAUUCUGCAAACUCCUUGGUAGCUGUGGACUCGUGCUCAGCAGUCACAAUUUGACAUUGGGUUUUCUGCAAGCUAGUAAAGGACUUGGAUAUAGUUUUUAACCCUGGUGCUCACAGCAUUUGACUUUGUAUUAUAUUGCUGCCUGACUACAAAUAUCACUCCUAGCAGUGACAUAAAGCUGUGAUUGGUUAAAUCAAGGCUUAAGGAAAAUUUUGUGCUAAUGUAUAGAAUAUCACCAGCACUCCGGGUUAAUGCUGCACAUAUAUGACAAAUGCUCACAGCAGGGCGUUAUUAGUUGUGGCUUGGUCCCAGUACAGCAUUGACGACUUAUAAGAAGCCAGGUUUCAUAGGGAGUGUCCACACCUGAUAUGUAGAUUACAUCCGUACAUUAAUGAUCAGAUAUAAAAUGCUGCCUUUAUUUCACUUAAAGACUCACAGGGCAAGGCUAGAAGGCCUGCAUACUGGGCAUCCUAGCCAUGCAUAUCGUGCAUGUUUGUUUGUAUAAUUGUAAUGUGUAAUUUCAGUUACAAUUUUCACCUUCACAUAGAAAGCUGUUAGUAUAGUAAAAUAGAUGUUUCAAUGCUGGUUGUUUUUUGAACAGCUUUCAAUAUCUGAUAAACAAUACAUCAUCCAUUAGAGGACAUGAGAUACCUCUUUACAAAAUGUGUUAAAAACAAAAUAGGUACAGAGUGCACCAGAACAUGCACAUUUCUUAAUAGUAUUCAUUGUCAAAAUGUUUUUGUUUUGCCGUUUUUGCGUUGUCUAGUUUUCUUCUGUAUUUGUUGAACUAUUCUAAGCAGGUGAUAUCUGCCUCUGCUUUGCAGGCCUUUACCAGUACAUAGGAAGUACAUGCUUUUAGUUUGAAUUACUGCUAAUUCUGAGUUACUUCUUAGACAUGACAAUUAUCCUAACGUUUAAAGCGAUAUUGAACUGAAAACCUAUUAAUGUGUACCUUGCAAGAGGAGCCAGAAACACACUACAAAGCUGGAAAUUAUAUGAGCUGUUUGUGUGCUUGUUUUUCUUCACCCAUACAAACUAUGCCUUUUGAGGAAUUUAUUCUCCCAUAGUGGAGUAGCAUAAUAAAUUGCUAAUUUACCUUGGACAUUGCUGCCGAAGUUUGUCACUCAGAUUUCCUUUUGUGUAAUGCUUUUGAUUUAUAGUUCCUUAAGCCCACAGUAUGUCUACAAGCAUUAACAAGAUAUUUUUUAAGGUUAUGUCAUAUUGAACUAAAUUGGGGAAGUCUAACACGGAGCCUUUAGCCACUGGAUGGCUAUCACAUUUAUUAUUGGAAAAUAAAAUUCAACAGCUGGAGCACCGAUGUUGGACACCCCUAACGCUAAUAUACCGCUCGCCCUUUAAACAUUGGACUUAACAGCAUUAGUGAUUGUAUAAACUGUACAGUCAGAACUAUGGACUAACGAAGGGUAAUGUAAAAUAAAAAAUGUCAGACAUGUAGCCUUGCAUUUUAUGACCGAAAUAAAUUUUAAAACCGGAAGAUCUCCAGCUUUUGGUCGAACUACAACUCCCAUAUGCCUUUGCUUCUGGUUGCCUCUAGUAGUAAUUUUCUGAUCAAAGGGGAUUCUUCCAGCUGGCUGAAAUAUAGUGCAAUUCCAUCUUUCUAGAAUCCACUAAAAACAUGCAUGUUUUUUUUACACAUUUUUAAAUAUACAAAGAUGUUUUUUUAUAGGAGAAAUGCUUGUUAAAGCUAAAGCAUCUCUUUAAUGAUUUUAAUAGAAAUGAGAUAAGAAGCUACAUAAUUGAACCAUCACAUUUUAAAAUUUAAGUUCCAAACAUACCCCUGUGUAGGUUUUAGCCAAUGUAAAUGAGGUUCCCUGUGAUACAAUUUGAAUAAAUGAAUCACAUUGACUUUGAGCGGAUAAUGUGCAGAAGAUUGUGGGUUAUUGGAUUCUUCCAGAGCCAACUUAUGUCAGAAUUUUAAAGUAUACUAUUUCUCUAUCAAUCUUAUUGAUCUCUUCAUCUCUCUCUCUCUCUCUCUCUCUCUCUCUCUCUCUCUCUCUCGUCCUAGUAGUCGUUAUGAGUGUUAAAGUAUGAAAAGACUGUAUAGAAUGUUAUUUUGUGGUAACUAAAGGUCAAAUGAUAUAUUUAUGAACUAACUUAGUCUUAAAUGGAUAUGCAGCUUACUGCAUAGCAAUGUUUAGUUCAAACUCCGCUAGGCUCUAGAAUGCUUAAAAUGUUAAAAAACAAAACAAAAUUCCAUUCAUAUCAAAAUGCAAUAUUUCUUGAAGCUGUUAUAACACCUGUUAACACCUAUUCAUCAAAAGUCUGUUUUAAGUAUUUGUUUGACAAUGAAAAUUUGAAGAAGUUCAUAAUGGGUGAGUGCACUCAAAAACAUAACAUUUUUCAGACUAACAAGUUUGCUCAUUUAUUUAAUAGUUGUGUACAAAUGAAAACAAUUUUUAGUGUUUUUUUUUAAUCAUUUUUUUUCCCCCCCCCUCAAUAAUUCAUAUUGGUGUAGUCAGUAGUGAUUUCCUCCAAUAUAACCCUGCCCAUCAUCAUACCUUUUUGCCAUUGUUAUUUCUUCAAGAUCUAUACACUUUGGUGACACAAAUUCCGUGGAAGAUUUAUUCUCCCCAUUUUUAAUGUGCGAAUUACAAAUGUUUUUGAAUCGUGUUUUUGUUUUCACAACUUCAGUUUUAUCCACUAAUGCACAUGCAGGGAACCCGCCUUGUGAUUAAUUUGAAGAGCUGUGCAGGUCUGGACUCAAAUAAAAGGGUAGUUAUGAUUCCCAAAUAAGAAAUCACUUAAAACACGAGAGUUAUAUGUGUGCGUUGAGAAGAUUUGCUUAUGUCUGCUCAAAUACAAAGCAGUGCCUCUUAUAGCAAACCAUGCCUUUGAAAUAAAUUUCUGACCUUAUAUUAAAAAUACUAUAAACUUGUACAUUCCGGCUUUGUCUUUUGAUGAAGUUGCAUUUAUUUCAUUGUUUUAUAUAUCGUUUGACCUUUAGUGAAUCUACUUGAACUACUUGCUGUGUGUUUUGGUGAGUUUUCUUUUUGAUUAUAGAAUUUCAGGGGAGUUUUCGUUAUGCCAUCUUUGAUCUUUCACAUCUAUCUGUACUGUACUAAUCAAAUUUUAUUUGACUUUCAAUGUUUAUUGUAUUAUGUCCUGAACGUUUUCUGACCAGUAUUAUAAUGUAAAUAUGCAUCUGUGUAUAUAAAAUGAUUUUACUUAUCUCGCUAAUUGUGUAUUCAUUUAUU